UCCGACCGGGUGCAGGGGAAGACACGGGAAUGGGCGGGAGCCCCGCACCGGGGACAUCACUUCCCAGCCAGGGAGAUUGGCCCGCACCUCCGGAUCCCGGCUUCAGGGCUUGGGUGCUGGUAGCCUCGGGUGCGUACCGCGGAUCAGGUCCUCCCUGGAGCCUGGGGGCGCAGGGCUGGGGCCGAGACCCUGCCAAAUAGCAUCAAAGUUUUUUAUUUUUAUCUUAUUUUAUUUUAUUUUUUGAUUUAAACACAAUUCCUUCUUUUCCCUCCUUGCGCACAUAGAGAGCGCGCACCCGUUAGAGGGAAGCGAAGGGGGGUGGUUGGGUGGGUGGGUGAGUGGGAAGCGGAAGCUUUAGUGUUUAAUGUUCUUUUUAACUGCGAGAUUCGGUGACCUCCUACCCCCAUAUAAACCGCCACCCCCCAAGUCGGUUUAGGCCCAUCGCGCUUGGCGGUGGAAAGGAUUCUUCCAGGUCGGGCACCCUCCUUUUCCCCCCAAUGGGCUUAAGGUGCCAGAAAGUUUGAUCGAAUGCCGGGUUACGUCACGAGUGCAGAGCGAGCCGCUGGAGUUGGCGAGCCGGAAGGUGGGAGCCUUCGCCCCCGGGGCCUGGUGCUGCGCUGCUGGAGGGACGCGCGCGGCUACCUGCGACAGCGCCUCGGCGACCCCGAAGCCUGCAGGCUCGGCAGGAGGCUGGAGGCGGGCGCCGGGGACUGCCCUAGCGCACGCUCUGGGCCCCAGCCAGCCGCUGCUACCCUGCGAUCCUGGACCCCGGAGAGGGGAGGAGGGUCAUACCCAGCGCCAAGCAGACCUUUUCGGGUCCGGGCUGUUCCCAAACCUUACUUUCUCCCGGAUCUGGACCCAGCAGUCGGGCCGCUGGGCCCACAUCUCUCUCGGUUUCCAGCUGUGGGCUGGUGGUAUUGGUGUGUUGUCCUGGGAGGGAAGCAGUGUUGCUUGUACCUAGGAUCACAGGUUUUUCUCUGGGCUGAAGUGGAAGUUGCGAGAAAAGAGGCGGGAGGCCGAGGACUGAGCCUGUGGUUGUGGCGCAUCUAACGCUCUAGGCGAGGGGGCCAGCGGAUUCUUCUGAUUCCGUUUCCCACCAGCCCUUUCUAGUGCCUCCGGCUCUCGCUCCGUUAUAAAUUCCGAGGUUUCCUCGGUUGACGAGGGUCAGUCAGCAGGGACGAAGAGCAGAUUUCUCCAAGAACGCUCAGGAUCGCCCAUCCUAGGGAGAAAUCGCCUCACCCUGUUACUCCGGCCCAGUCACACCCAGGUAGCCUAAAGUGCCUGCCUGACCUAAGUGGAGACAACCCUGAAAGUUUGCGUUUUAAAUAAAAAAGGGGUGUCAUGGGGUGGGAAUUAGAGUAGGAAGCUAUUUCCUCUUUGACACACCACUAGCCACUCUUAGGAAAAGAGAAAGAGACUACCUCUGUCCCAGAAUAUGCCUUUUAUUAAGGCUGACAAGACAAACAGGGCAAGGUUUACAUUUGCAAUGGUGUUAAAAGCAAGUCUAAUUACGUCGCUUGGGGGUAGGCACCUUGGACUUUACUGGGCAGCGUGUGUGUAACAUCAGUUUAUGUUUGUAAACUUAAAUGAUUUCUCCAGUAAAGUAGAGCCAGUUAUUUGAAUUUUACUCUUUGUCACUCAAAAAAAUUUCUUUUAGUGGGGUCUUUUUUGUCCUGGUAUUCAUUCAUUAGAAAGUUGGCUGUCUCAGUUUGCCUUGGGUUAGGGCAGAGGAAAGCAUCAGCUAGUCCGGUCUUCCCCCCUCUUCAUCUGUCAAGCUAGGCUCAGUAAGUUGCCGGACAUUUGAUCUCAGUUUUAUGCUUUUGAUACCGUUGUUUGGUUUGAGAUUAGCAAAUUGAUUUUUGUCAUAGGUCAUGUUUUUUAAUAGAUCUGCCCUUCCUAAAGAAAACUUUCUCUCAGGAUGCCACGGUAGGUUGAACCUGCUGAGUUAUAAUCUGUAGACUUUUGAAAUACCAAGAAUAGUCUUAAACCAGCAUGCCAAUUCGCAGGCUGUGAAAAUAACUCUCGAUCUGAUGAUGAACAGUCUGAUUGUAUCCCAAAGAAAGAACCAGGGACCUUUCUCAGAUCCAGCAUUUAAUAGUCUACACCGAUUUAUGGAGGCAUUUAUCGUGGUAUGUUGCUGCAUUAAAACUAACUUUAAAAAGUAGGUAGUGAUAGGUAGUUUUAAUUCAGAUUUAUUAAUUGAAAUGCAUUUUUUUUGUGUGCGUGUGCAUCAGGAAAAGUCAGUUUGAUGUAACCAAAAGGCACAAGUGCAAAAUAAGUAAUUUCAAAGAAAACCUAGCACUUUGUUACAGAGAUAGAAAACAAUUUCACAGAACUUGUAUGGGUUUGUUUAGUAUUAUAAGUUAAAUGUGCAUUUUCAUCGACAUCAUGGCUUUGUAAUGUUGGACCCAACUUUUGGCCUUCUAUAGAUGUGUCAAGAUUCUGCUAAGUUAGUAGACAGACUCCAGCCUCUGGAAAAUACGUGAACAUAUUACUUGCAACUUAAAUUCUUUUUUAACUAGAAGCUUGGUGGACACCAAAGCUUAAAUUGGUAAGAAUGGAUAAUUUCUGUCCACAAAGUAAAUGGAGCAGAUUCUGCUUGAAGCUGUGUUUAUUUAGGUUGAAAUAAAACCAAAUAUAUCUUGGUCAUCUUCAGGAAGCAGCUCACUCUAUACUGGUUCUUGAAGUCACUUCUGUGGCAGAUAGAAUUUUGUCUACUGUAUAGAAUUUAUGUCUACUGUAUCUUUACUGAGUUUGCAUUGAUGACCUAUCUGUAAGUCUGUUAUUUCAAGAAAAUAUAAACUCAUAUCCUGUCCAAAUAGGGUUCCAGUUGGAGCCUGUCCUCCAGUGUCACUCCUGGGCAGUGGAUAUUUAGAUUUUAACUGUUGCUAACUAUUGUUGCCUGGAUUUAUUGGACAGUGAACCCAGCUGAUUUUAUGCACCAAAUUGGCACAAAUCUAGGAAAUAGCACAAAUGUGUGAACUAGGGACUGAGAAGUAUCCGUAUAAACAGGGCUACUAUGUCACACUUGCCAAAAUGUAUCCUUCACCUUUCUCAAAUUCAAAGGGUGCUGGAGUUUCACCUAAAAGUGUGGACAGUCCUCUUUAAAGGGUUGCCCUGCAUUCUGAGCUGGCCUGUAAGGGAAUCAUCUGCAUGGUAAAAAUCUAACUCGAAGGGAGUUUAACUAUUUAAGUUAAAACCAUAGAAAGCUUCAAAGAACUUUUAGUAUAUGUGCUGCCGAAGCGAGCACAUUCAAAGAACUUUUAAAAGAUAACUUACAAUAAUAAAACUUUAUUUGCCUUCCCCCUUGGUAGCUAUGCCUACACAAAUAGACAAGGCUUAAUAUUAGGGACACGUCCGUUAUCCUGGAGAUUGCUGCAAACAGUUUGAUGCUUCCAACAAAUACUCUCGUAAGCACUUGUGUGGAUCCUGGAAAGUCGCUCUUUGGUUUCUCUGUUUGCCAAAAUGACUCCAGAGUCAUGAAGCAGAUCUCCCGAUUUGUAUUGUAGAUGAGGGCGUGGAAAAAAUAUUGAUGAUGGUUGCAAAUAUAACUGAUGUUCUCCUCAACCUGUGUUCCGCUACGGUUUGAAUAUUAUCAGCCUGAGAGUUCAUUUCCUUAAUAUGAGUAAUAUCACGGAGACUACUGAGCCCACCAAAUUGGCUUCUGUUGUUGUAUCCAUCCAUCCAUCCAUCCUUCCUCUCUUUCUUUCUUUCGUUCCUUCCUUCUUUCUUUCUUUCUGGAACUAUGCGAAGCAUCUCACGUAAGAGUGAUGACUCAUCAUUUAGCUGUGUCUCCAUGUGUAGAGUUCUAGAGAGAUUAGUAAUGUGGGUUAUCAGUCCUGAAUGCUUCUUCAUGUUCGGGACCUAUGCGCAUAAAUAAAUAGAGAGAAGUGCUAAUAGUUUUCUAAGAAUAUUCCCUUGAGUACUUUUCUUUCAGAAUUUGGUGGUUCUUCUUUUUUUUUUAAAAUCUGAACCAUCAUUAGUUUGGUCCUGUAUGCCAGAAUGCUGGCACCCUCCCUUUCCCAUUGACAAAUAAAUGAAGUCAUCAAGGUUUAAGAUCUAGGAACUAGUUGUGAGGAGAGAGGAAAGGUUUAUUUUCAUUUCCAGUGGGCUCUCUGGCUGAGUUUGUAAAGGACUUCUUUAUUUUUGAAGUUUAAAAAUUUUAAAGGGAUGUCUGUAUGUUCAGGACAUAUUUCCUCUUUAAAUAGAUGGCGUCAUGUAAAAAUGUAACUUCGAGUUUCAGAGCCUAUGAUCUAUCAUUUUAUUUGCUGUGUUGGGACCAUUUUAUCGUUUUGGUAUUUAUAUCAGAUUCUACGUUAGGCUGCUAACCUGUGUCUUUGCAUGUGUCCGUUAAUAAGAGAUCUGCAGUCUACAGUGGUCUUUCUCCCUCCUCUCCCCUUUAAAUAUAGGUAUUUGCAGAAGAAGUCUGCUCUUUGGUUUUUGGCUUGUCUCUCCUGGAGUUUUACAGGGUUAAGUUAGCUAAGGACUUUAUUAUUUCCCAGUCAUUGUGUGCACUAUUUUAUAUAUGCACACUAAGCUAUCAGAAAGCACAUGCUGUCUGCUCUUAAGGCUACUGACCUAUCAUUGCCGUGGGAGGCAGCUGCACAGACUCAUUCCACAUUUCCAAUAUGAAACCGAUGACUUUAAGCUAGGAGUGACCAAAGAUACCAGGACAGUGUUUAGUGAUUCACUUCUUCUGGUGUGUGAUUUGAAUGGUAUAAGCCAGGAUGUUUUGUGGCCGAUCCCCAGUAGGGCUUUGUGCCUGUGAAAACAGGCAGGUUUAGAUGGAACCCUUAGCUAUUUGGGGCAAAUUAACUUCCUGGAUUUUCUGCUGUUUAAUCUUGCAAAAUACAGGCAUUUCACUGCAGUCUCCCCAUUGGCCUGGUUUCCUGUUGGACAGCGACAGAUCAAGAUGGCACCUCCCUUCUCUCCUGUUGCUAUGAACUGAGCAAGCUACCAGCUUCACGCUGGGCCAGAAAAGUGAAUGAGUACAAUUAGUCCUUCAGGAGUCCUGGGCUGUGCUAGCUGGGGAACAGAAGAUGCCAAAAUAACUCUAGAGAAAGAAAGGGGGAGAGAGAGAGAGAGAGAGAGAGAGAGAGAGAGAGAGAGAGAGAGAGAGAGAGAGACAACGUAAGAAUAUAUUUAGAAAAAAAACCCAACAGUUUUAUGUCUAUAGCAGCGCUUGGUGCAUUGUUUAUUUUUCAACAGAAACCAUUUGCUUAAUUUUUGAAGAAGACUCUAUUCUAUUCUAUGUCUUUUUUUUCUGAUUGUUGCGAAUAACCCCAAGCUAUAAGGCUUCUAAAAGGUAUGAUCUCUUCAGUAAUGAACCACUCUGUGGUGAUUCAGUCAGUCCACAGUAUUGAUUUUUCUCUUCGUAAGUAGUAUAUAAGCUAUUAGAAUAACAGCAUAACUUUACAGUAUCCAUGUUGUAAGGAAGCCUGUGUCCCCUCAGCACAGUGGGGAGGGCAGUCCUUGUCCUUUGCCCGGGACAACUCAUUCAGAUCAGUCUUCUGAACAGAGAGGGGGAAAAUUGUCUUUUGAUCAGUUCUGACAAAUAACACCUUCAUAUUCAGGCAUAAAAGCUUCAAAGAGGGGAGCGCGAGCAGCGAGAUAUUAACACUCAACUUUUAAUAAUUUGUCUUACCAUAGUGGUCUUUGCCAAACGCCAAUAAAUUACUGUCUCUUUGAAGGGCCUGAUUUAUAUUUCUCCAUUUAUAUGUUAGUCUGCUUCUCAACCCAUGUCCUGAGAUGUUUUGUAGAAAAGUUUCUUGUGAUUAAUGUGAACCUCCAGUGUUUCUGAACAGGAUAUUACUCAAUACUAGAAAGUCUGCUUUCUUCCCCCCUCCCCACACCUCUUAAAUUUGCUUGCAUUGUGUGUUUUCAAAAUGUAGUCAGUCACAAGCAAGUCUGCACAGGGACACAGAACCACUCGGUUUAAAAGUAAACAUUAAUAAUGCAAACUUUCUCUGCUAAAAUUAUCACGCAUAUUUCUUAUUGAGGAGCAGUCGUGUGUUUUGGUCUUCUUGAUGGUCUGUAGCUCUGGCUACUCUCUCUCUCUGAAGGAUGACUGUGGGGCUCCCGAAGUCUGUGUACCGGCCAUUUACUUGUAGAACAUUUGUCUGAACACAAACCCUUGAUUUUUGAGCUUUCUGGAUCUAGUUUUCAAACAGUGAGCCAUACGUUUCAACAAAACAUGACUUUAAAAUAUUGGGAGCUCAGCUCCUACUGAACUUACCUAGUUGCUGUGAGACUGUGGGGAUGCCUCGCACAGCUUUCAUUCAGGAGGGUUCUAUCAGCCUCAAUAAGGAAAAGUAAACCUUUGUCAUCUUUAGACACAUCCUUCAAACAACUGACAGUUGACAGGCUGAGGAAAAUGUUACUGUCAGGUCUUAUUUUCCCCUCGUGAGGAAUAAAAAUAGGUUCAGAUGAUUUUUUUUUAAAAAAAAUGUGUUUAAAAGUUACUUCGAAAUGGAGGGAAAUAUUUCUAAUUUUUAUGUGGAAGUCAUAAAAUUAACCUGCGCGUACUUCAGGGAAGGUCAGUGAAGUGAGUUUCAAGGAGAGAUUCUGAGCCGUUAAUUUCCUAUGCUUUCACUCUUCAGAAGUCAGAUGCAGUUGAACCGAUGGCGUAUUGCAGGGUGUUUUGAUAUCGGAUCCUUACGAGAUAUGAAUUGAUAGUAUUCCUACUGCGACUCAGCCAGUGACCUGACUUUCACGCCUGGUGACCAGGAUUUGGUAUGAAAACAGGAGUAAGAACUUAGCCAUUUCUGAGAUAUCUGUGCCUUCAUGCACAUGCGUGUAGGCAUUGGACGGUUGUGCUGUUCGCACACAAAGGUUGGGCCAGUUUGAGAAAUGCCUUUGUGGCUAAUACUCAUAAGUAUCUGUACAGGGUGCUGGGUACAUCCCCAGGCAGAAGCCUACCAACGCACAGGAGUUGGAGUAAGACCUGAGUCGAAUUUCUGCAUUCAGAAAAGCUGGUUUUGGAUUCCAGCAUCUUUCUUUUCUUCCCCCCCUUUCUCAAAGCAGCCAUCUUGUUUUAAGGCUGAUUUUAUUUCUCUCGUGAAAAUUGUCUGGAAAUGAGUAGGGAGGGGAGAGGUCUAAACAGCCAAGCGUGCAUUUUUCGUGGGACUCUAAGCGAGAAGGGAUUAUCUUAUUUGCAAAGCCACAAAUGUGUUGUCUUUCUGUACUCAGUUGACAAAAGGACGUAUUAGAUAGUGUUAACACACUUAGCUGAGGUGUAUCAUGCGUCAGAUGCUAGGCUGUACCGUGAUUCCUUAGGUACUUCUCUCUUUAGGCUUACGGUCAUUGCUAAUGUCCCUGCCGUCACCCCAUCCUCUGCCUUUUCUUUCUGCUGACCCAACUGAGAAGUUCUUCCUAUUGUUUGAUAUCAGCCCCUUCCCUCCCCCCACAACCCUAGCAGACAUACACAUAAUUGUAUGUGUUACCAGGUAUCUUUAUGCAGUAAGAGGCAAGGAUAGAAAUGUAGAUGCCUCCCGAAAUAAAACAUUUAUAGGCUUUGAGAAGCAUGGUGUGAAGUUAGAGCCCAGGCGCCCCUUUAAACACAGCACGCAUAUAUAUGUAUAUAUAAGCUUAUAUGUAUAUAUAUAUAUAUAUAUAUACACAUACACACAUAUGUAUACACACAUAUAUGUAUAUAUACAUAUAUAUGUAUAUGUAUACGUAUAUGUAUAUAUAAAAUACGCAGUUUUUUGAGGGUACCAGAAGAGAACUAUUUCAGAGGUGACACACAUUGGUUGCUGAAACUCGUGAGAUCCUACCAGCUGAGUCUGCUGUGUUUCCUACCGUGUUCUGUAUUUCUGGGUACAUUUGGAAGAACAUGUGGUCUAGUAAACUUUACCAAAAGUUUACACUACACUUCUAGCUGCUGCAUCUGUUUGAUGAUGUCUGAGAACAUCAUUAUCAUGUAUUUCAGUAAAAGCAAAAGCUUCCCGAAGAUUAAUUUCUGAAGUAGCCUGACUCAGUCUGUCUCGUUUAAACUGGGUGCUGAUGAGUGCUCCGUCUGCCUCAGACCACCGCUCAGUAGAAGAGCGGGGUAGAUUCAGGGUCAAGCUGGGAAGUAAAAUGCACAUUUAAAGAACAGAUAGGCCUCUUCUGCUUAAAGUCAAGGUCUGAGUUGAAAGAGACUUCUGCACCAGAAAACUUACCUCUGAAGUCCCUUGUCUCUGAGGUCUGUUGUCUGCUCCCUUUCGACUGCUAGAGAUUAAAAUACCUGAGCGUUCAAAGUGACCUUUUAAUUUUAAAUGAACUAACAAAUACCUUUUUUUGGUUGUUUUUUAAAAAAUGUUUCCAAGCUGUUAGAGUUUCCAUUUUAGGUUUUAUUAGUGACUUACUUAUAUAGGUUAAGAACUAUAAUUAACAAUUAGCUCUUGCCCCUUACUAUGCAAACAUGGAGGAUGAAAGCCUUUCUCUAUAGAAAAUGUGGUCUUGUGGUUUGAGUAAAAUUAAGUGAUGGUUUAGCGAAGCCAUUAAUUGCAGUACAAAUUGUUACUCGGGUUUUGAUCACGGGGAGGAGGACAUGAUACUUGAUGUUUCUGAGAUGUCAGGGGGAUUAACAUUUGGUUGCAUUUCCUGAGUUCAGUAUACAGGAGACUUAACCUUCUGAGUGAAGUUUUAUAGCGUUUAAUUUAAUGGGGACAGGUGAGAAUGGGCAGAGAGGCCUAAGUAACUCUCAAUAUGGGGAAACUGCCUUUUGUAUUUAACAAUUAGGUUAAACAGAGUGGGAGCAAAUGAGCCCAGCCCGCCUUCUAUUGUUUCAGAGCAAGAAAAUGCAGACAGAUGUCGGAAUGUGGAAGCAGUGACCUCUGACUCGCACAGCAUGGCCACUGCCCUGGCACAUAAGUGUCCUGAGCCACCAUCGUAGCAUUUGAAGGGAGUGACACUUUGGGAUAGAGACCCCUGUGUAAGGCUUUUCCCAAAGCCUGGUUCUCAACUUCAGUUUAACUCCCCCCACCCCACCCCCAUAUCCUCCCCCCACCCCUGUACCCCUCCCUGCCUCCCAUGAGAAGUGUUUCUCUGGCUCAGAGCUUGGUGACUUCUGGAUGUGUUCUCCACAUAUCCAGUUAGUACAGUUGCUUCCAAAUAAUUUUACUCAUGCAGUUGGAAUCAUGCAGAAGGCUGCAGGAGGCUCACACGUACCUUUCUGUCACAGCAGAGAACAUUUGCCUGCUUUAUUUACCUAAUACUUUUUUUUUGUUUUGUUUUGUUUUAAAGAGGUGGCUUUGUUUCAGGCCUUUUCUUUUAAUUCCACGUCUGCAAUCUCACCAGUAACCUCCGGGGUUCAGACAGACCAUUAAUGCUUUAGAUACUGUGGCAUUCAGUGUUUUCUUCAUAUAUUUGUUUACUGUUAGUGCUUCAAUAAACUUUUAUGCCUAUUUCUGUAGCUUUCUGCCAGGGGCUCCAUUUAUUAGCAUCUAGUGACCCAGCACUAAAGAGGGGUGCAGUUCAAAUAGUGGUGCUUCUGACGGGGUUUUGUGUCAAACCAGAGCAAAUAAUAGGGAAGCGAGAGCUGCCAAAAUGUGUCUCCCAAUUACUAAUUAAUCAGACGAGGAAGGACCUCAGUGGCGGAUCUCGUGUCCACCACGGCAGCAACUUGGGGAUGCUUCAUCUUAAACACCGUAUCUUCAAGUAAGCCACCUCCAGGAAGCACAGCACCCAGAUAGGAGACACGGAUGUUCAUUGUUUUUAAAGUCUCUGAAAGGGGAGACCAAACUCCAAUUUAAAACCAAAUCUUUGGGCUCUCCACCGCCAUUAUCAAAACACAAAGCUAUUCUAAAGAGUACUCCCCUUAUUAAUAUGCAAUGCCUUUAUGCUUAUUAAUAUUUUAGUGCAAGCAUUAUGCUAUUCUUGGCUUCACUGUACCCUUACUUUAUUAUUGGGAGACUUGGGUCCACUUUCAAACUUUCCCCCCAACACUUUGUACGAGUCAUCUGUAUGUUGGAGAUUACUUGUGACGAGAGGAGGACACCUCCCUCUCCCACAGAUUAAAAUGUGUACGUAGGCACAUUCUGCUUCUUCUCCAGCCGUGCUUCCUCUACGGUUGCUGGGCCCGUAAUUAAAUGCCUGUUAUUAACGUAUUUUUUCUAUAGCAUUUACAACAUAGAAAGGGGAGGGUCUUGGGCAGCACUACAGCUGGCAGGGGACCAAUGGAAACUAAUUACACACUCAGCCGUCACUGUUGUCAACAACGUGUGUGUGUGUGUGUGUGUGUGUGUGUGUGAAGUAUCUUUUACUUCAGAUUUGAGCUAUACAUUUUCUGAAUCUAAACUAACCACUAGCAACAAGGUGUACAUUCGCCAUCUAAUUUGGCUAAUUAGGUCCAAGAACAACAGUUCUUGGAUGGGGGGGGGGACACCCCUCUCCCUCUCCCCCUCAAUGUCCUUCCUUCAUGAUGUAGAUGGAACCAGUCAAUCCAUGCCUCUGAGUUGUCUCGCUAAUUUAAAUAUUAUUUGGGCGUGGUCUUAUGAUCCGCGCACACAUGUUGUUAAUGAUCUGAAUAUCUCGUGAGGACUCUUACUUCCGGACCGUGGAUGUUUGUGUCAAUAUCUGGAUGACCAGGAACUGAUCGGUUUAUUUCCACAUAGUUUGUGGGCACUAUCUCACAGUCCCAGCCACUCAGACUUCGUUAAGAAAGUAAAGCAGUGAAUAGUGGUGUUUGUUUGUUUUCUUCCAAGUCACCACAGCUUUGGUGCAUUUGGGGGGACGCCUUUGAAGCAGUUAAAUAUCAGGGUGUUCCAGAGUCAGUUCUGAGCUAGUUGCUUCACAGUCGGUGCACUGGUCCUGCACAGAGUCAGACUGUGUCUUACAUAAAUAUUUUACAUCGACACUUUUCCAUCUAUUACUUGUAUCUCAUACUAAAGCCAGACAGGGGGAAUUCUGGGAAUUUUAUAUCGGUUCGAUACAAUUUAAAAACAAAAACAAAAACAAACAGAAAUUUCACAUUAGAGAAGUGUUACAGGUAUUAGUGAUAAUAUAUUCAUGUGUUGGAAACUUAGAAGUUCUGACUGAUGAAAUAUUUACUGAGGGGUACCGUGUGUAAAGCACUGAGGAGUAUACCCAAGACUCAGAGGGAGACAGGAGAGUCUUUGCUCAUAAACAAUCCAAGGGUUUGGUUCAGAGCUAAGAACUUUGUGGGUAUAAUGACACUACGGACUAGACGGCACUUUAAGAAGUCUUUACACCAUUUUACCUGACAGGCGUCUGUAAAGUGACUACUGUGGGCUAGGUAUUGUUCUUGGGGCUGGCAGUGUCACAGGCCAGCCACCAGGAAGUAUUCAUCUAUUGCUUUCUAGGUCCCUUUGUCUCCCCGUAAGGUGUGUUCUGAGCUCUUGAGGAAUCUUGCUGAAGUGCAGAUUUUAAUUCAGUAGAGCUUGGUAGGGGCCUUGUGUCUCGAAUUUCUGACAAGUUUCUGGGGAAGAAACCGCCAGAAACAUUGAUGUGAGUUCUCUGGUUGUGAACAUGGGGCUCUGUGUAUAUUCAGUGGAAGAGAUUUCUUUUUCUGGCUCCUUGUAAGGACUUGGGGGGUAGUGUUUGCCUUGAGCUGUCUAUGUAGCCAUCUCUCUGGUUUCUAAAAGGGCUUCGUGUCUGCAUGAGUGAAAGCUAUUUGUCAUUUGAAAGGCCUGAAAGGCCCAGCAGUCCUCAUUUCUAGCCCUUUCCAUGAAAUUGCAGACAUAUAAAAUGAAAUUGUACAUUGAUGUUUAUGCUUCAUUAAGAACAUCCCACUAACAAGGUCAACGCUGGGGAUGUGGUUGUAAGUCCUCUCUGUAGACAAGACCCACUUCAGCGAGAACGUUGUCUUGGUCCAAGAAGUUCGAAGAGAAUUCCGCCAUUAAUUUUAAGGAUAUUUACACACAGACCUUCCCCGAAGGUACUGUGAGUAGCGAUUCCAGAAUGACACCUCAAAAAACAGAUUUUUAACAUUUUGCAAUUUAACUCCAUGUGGCCAAACGAGCCUAAAAUGUUUAUCUUAUAUUCAGCAUGGAAGAUGUCCACUAGCAGUUCUGCCCCCAGUGGCUGAGUUUCCUGUGGGUGGCUUUCAGGAGCCUACGCUUCCCGCAGAGUCUUAAAGACUUGGAGGAAAAACAUAUCUUCCCGUGCUGAAUUUCUGUUAUUCCAGUGUCCCUCGUGAGGAAAGUGCUCCUGUAGCGUCAGUCUGUAGCUAUGUUCCUGGGUCCUGUACUACUACAGCUCAUUUUCUUCUGUCUCACAGAUAUCAGGCGAUUCUCUCUUUUAUUAACAUGCCAGGAAUGGGGCUCGUUAAAUUUGGUUAUUGUGCCUUCUUCUGUUUAUUGCUUUGUCCUCUUUCACUUGCCGUGAAUACAGUGUUACCAUCCUAAGUGAACCCUAAGCCUCUCAAAGCCUCAACCGAUAGACUCGAUGUUGUUACAAAAAGAAAGAUAAGUAAAUCAAGUAUUUAUGAAAACAAGGCAGCAUGCGGGCAUUGCACUUAGCUGUCCCUUUAUUUUUAACUAACUAAUUAAUUAGUCAAUUAAUGUUAUUAUUGUUGUUGCUGAGACAAAGUCUUAUUUUGUAGAUCAGACUGGCCUUGAACCCACAGAGAUCAGCCUGCCUCUGCCUCCCAAGUGCUGAGCUUCAAGGUGUACACUGCCACUCCUGCCGCGCUCUAAUUUUAUAACAGUGUUUGCCAACACUUUUUUGCAGUUAAUUGUAAAGCGGAAGUACGUAUCCUCCUUGUUAAAUUCUUGAUAUAAUGAAUUUAAUUAAAAUUCUGGGCAGCAGUUUGUAAGAACAAUAAGCAUCAUUAAGAAUAGGAACUCAGUGUAAGGCUGUUCAUUUAUAAGGACACUUUCAUGCUCCUUGUGAUAUGCACCAGGCAGGUUUUUAGUAGGAACACUGAGGGCAGCUCUCACUGUUUCUAGGGUUUGUCAUUCUCCUAGAUUAAAAAUUUGGAGAAGCCGUCUAUGACUGCAUGUGACUUUUGGAAGGGAAGUAUGCUAUGCGUCUAGAAGGCUUAAAUUUAGGAAUAGACUGUAUUAACUGAGUAAAGUGAGGGCAUUUUAUUUUUCAAAGAUAUAUUUAUUAGAUUUAUAUAAGUAUACCGAAGCUGUUUUUUUUUUUUUUUUUUUUUUUUUUGGUUCUUUUUUUCGGAGCUGGGGACCGAACCCAGGGCCUUGCGCUUCCUAGGCAAGCGCUCUACCACUGAGCUAAAUCCCCAACCCCCCGAAGCUGUUUUCAGACAUACCAGAAGAGGGCAUCUGAUCCCAUUACAGAUGGCUGUGAGCCUCCAUGUGGUUGCUGGGAUUUAAACUCAGGACCUCUGGAAGAGCAAUCAGUGAUCUUAACCACUGAGCCACCAGCCCCAGGGCAUUUUCGUAUCUCCAGAGAAUGGCUUCAUUCAAAAUAGGAUCAUGCACCUAGGUCUUAUGAUCACCAACAGGCUUAGAGGACAAGAUGUCCAUUAGUUCUGACUAGUGUUUUGCUCCCCCACUAAAAAAAAAAAAAAAAAAAAAAAAAAGAAAGAAAAGAAAUAUAUUGAAUGUGUUUCAAAGUUAUUGUUUUCUGUCAUAAUAAUAGAUUGUGACUGAGUUUUUAGAGGGGUGUGUGUAUAUACAUUAAUAGAUCAUAACUUAGAUUUAGGUGUGCGUAUGUACAUAUAUAUAAUAUAUAUAAAUAUAUAUAUAUUUCAUUAAUAGAUUGUAACUGAAUCUUUAGAUGUGUCUCUGAGUAAUUCAUGCACUUUUAAAAUUUCGGUUUUAUAUCACAGAUGUUUAAGGUAAAGCUGUCUUUUUCUGAGCAUUACAGAGGCAAGGACUUAGAGAACAAGAUAUUUAAAAACACCUCAGGGCGCUGGAGUGAUGGCUUAGGGGUUAAGAGCACUUGCUGCUUUUACAGAGGACCAGGUUCCUCUCCCAGCACCUAUGGCAGCUCACAACCAUCCAUGACUAUAGCUCUAAGGAUCUGAUGCUCUCUUCUGUCCUCUGUGGGUAUCAAGCACUCGGAUGGUACACAUACACACACACACACACACACACACACACACACACACACACACACACACACACGCAGGAGAAACACUAACUCUUACACACAGUAAAACAAAUAAAACUAAAAUUACAUUAAGAUGGAUUUGCUAAUCAUCUCAGUAUUUUUUGUUAAAUUUUUGGAUCUAGUUAAAUUUCAUUGCUGGUUGAGUUAUAAGUUCUGUGCAUAGUGGUACAUAUGGAUCUCGAUAUUUUUUUAAUCACAAUAAGUAGAUAGGUACAAAAAAAUAAUCUUUCCCUCCUGUGAAAAUGUAAAGGUUUACGAAACCUUAAAAUUGCAGAAAAUGGACAGAUCCCACCAUAGCUCAGUAAGGCUGGGGAACAGAAGGAUAAAGAGUUUAAGGGGGACACUUUUACUUUAUGCAAGUAAUUCGGUUUAUAAAAAUCAACAUAUCCUUAUAAAUUACAGAUAAAAAUGUUCUUAAAGUGGGGAUGUGGCACAUACCUGUAGAUGCAGCACCCGGGAGGCUGAGGCAGGAAGAGCGAGUUUAAAGUCAGCCUGUGUUACAUUGUGGUCUGGAAACAAGGAGCACUGUAAACAAAGCAACAACAAGUAACUGUUCUCAGAAGUGAAAACUUACUUUCAAAACCUCUUGGAAGUCCUUUCUAAAAGACAGAUUUAUCAGCAUGCUCUGUGCCUGAAAGUUACAAACCUUGCAUCUUUGUUUCUUUGUUUCUUUGUUUCUUUUCUUUUCUUUUCUUUUCUUUUCUUUCCUUUCUUUCUUUUUUUUUAGGAGUUCUCACUGCUGUUUAUCCUUCGGUUGCUACUCUAGGAGAAAUGUGAAAAAGUGUUACUUAUGACAUGUCUGCAAGACUUUCCUCACAGAAAGGCCUUUGGAUCUCCUUUUAAAAAUCAGUAAUUUAUUUUUAAUGUUCUUUCUCCUCUCGGUUUGUUAUCUGUAUUGUUUUCUCUACUUUGGGCUUCAUAGGUGUAAUGAGAUAUCUCUCUCUCAAAGGAGAAAUUAAUGAAUACCGACACUCUCCUGCAGAAUGCUUGUACUUCCAAUGAGGAGCUUGUUGAAACAAAUCAAUUCCUGUCUAGAGCCGUUCCUGAAGGCAGCCAGGCUGGCCCUGAGAUCUCGGAGUUUUCUGAAUCUAAGCCCCACCUCUCUGGCAGUAAGUCUCUUGAUGUCUGUCUGCUCAAGAACUCUUGCUACUGUGGCCUUAAAACUAACUUGCAUAUUAAUUAGGCACACACUAAGGGUAGGAGCACAGAUAGAUCCAGCGGGAUUUGUCCAGGAGCACAGACUCAAUCCCGAUGAAGUCCCAGUAACAUCACUACUGAAGGCCCAACUUCCUUGAAGAGCGGUCUGGUAGUUCCUGAGAGCAGAUUUUACCUGGCAUGCUUAUAGUUAGUUAGGGGGAGGGCCAGUGUGCUCUUUAUUUGUUCUAAAGUACCAUCCGUGUACUUACGUAAUUAUUUUAGAACAUCUUUUUAUUCUUAGCCAUUCCCCCUCAAACAAAGAAAAGCAGACCAGAAGAAAUAAUCAAGGAUCCAGCUGUGAGACAUCCAGAAUUUUAAGGCUACUCAGCGGUGCGAGCACGCCCUCCGAGUUUAUCAUUAGGAGCUCGGAAAUUGAGUGAGCGACCACUAAGGUUGCAGAGCAGAUUUCCCUUAAAAGGGGACUCUUUAAUACUUAGCAUUAAUACAAUGCUUUAAUGUUUAAAAGUGUAUGCUCAAGGGACCGCUGGCCUUCUAUAUCUCCCUUCUCUUUUCGUUACAUACCAAAGCCUUAACUUCCCAAGUUGGAAGUUAGAGUUUGUCAAGAAAACUAGCUCACUGUGAAUUGUUUAACUUCUCACCGUGUUUUCCUCAUAUUUCUGAUGAGAAGUUACAGCUGCUGCCACCCAAGACUCUUUCCCUCUCCCUCUCCCUCUAAAAGAGGAUUUACUCGUUUAUUUUUACUCAUGCAUGUGUGUGCACGUCUAUUUGUUUAGGUCUCCACACAUAUGUGUGAGUCCCCGCAGAGGCCAGAAGAGGGUGUCAGAUCUCCCGGAGCUGGGGUUCAGGUGGUUAUGAGCCGUCCAAGGAGGAUGCUGGAAAAUGAAGUCUGGUCCCUGAGGUAGCAGCUCCUGCUCUUAACUGCCUUGCUAUCUCUCCCGCCCUUCUACACGCCCUGCCCCCAAGCUUAUUUUCUUUCUGAAAAUAUAGUAAUGACGUUUGGCUUAUCGACAGGGUUAGGGUUAGGGUUAAGGGUCCCUAUACAAGCUUUCUGCAAUGAGGUUAAGGUAGGUGAUGGAUUAGGUUCUAAAAACGGCACGGUUCACUUACUGAUUUGGGUAGAGUCAUAUCCAAUUGCCAUUGGUUAUAGCAGACAACCCAGACUUUCUUUUUUAGGCGUAGAAUGGAAAUCUGUAAUAAUCUCAUAAUUUCAAGUAAGAUUUUGUAGCGUAUUAUGGUUUGAUGGUUUGUGAGAAUUGGCCCUGUAUUAUAAUUUAAAAGGCAUUAAUUUAGCGCAGUAAUUAAACAUAUUUAUAGUUGAGUAGUUUUGCUCUUUAGUACACAUAGGGUUUCUUCAGGUUAUCUCAACAACAUGCACUCUGUAACUGGAGUCACUUUGUCCCCAGAAGUAAUGACUCUGAGACUUUUUCUAUAUGAAUAAUCACUUAGGCCAAUAGCUUUGGCUGUGUUCUCUGACUAGCUCAUAUUCAGUAAUCCAGUUUAUUCUAAGUGUGCUGCAUGGCUGGUUACCCCCUCGGUUUCAUGUAUCUGUCUCCUCCUCAGAGUUUGGGGUGAAUUUCCAGCACCUGACUAUUUUCCCAGAAUCCCUCUCUCUCUCCCGGAUGUCCCACCUUCUAAUCUUGCUUCAGCUCCUUGACCAGUCGGCCUGUAAUUGACAGGCGAUGCUUCCAUUCAUUAGGAGAGAUGACUUCCACGUGACCUCACUAUAGUCCCAACAACUCUCUUUGCAUUUGCUGCCCCUUAGUAAGCCACCUCCAACUGUGGGACAGGAGCGUAUAUAACUUUCUAGCUACUCUCUUUAGCAUCCUUAUCAACCUUCUCCAACUAUGGCUAAGACAGAAGACAUUGUUGGGAACAUUUGGUGCGGCAUACCCUCCCUUCCUUCAUGAGUCUUGCAAUUACAACUUCACUUUGAGACACACUUGGAGUAACAGUAGAUAGAAGAUCUGGGUAGAAAAGUGAGUUAUGGAGAGUGGGUUAAGGGUGCCCAGGGUCCUGCAGUGCUGUUCUGGGCAGAAGAGGCAAACUCUGAUAAGCUCCAGAUGGCUGUUGGCAUCAGCGCUCUGCUCACAGAUAUACAGAAGUCAAAUUAAGUGGAUUUUUCAGUGCAGCUUGAUGUUGAGUUUUAAGACUACAGUAAUCAGAGGUGGAUUCUAGCAGCCGACCAUUGAACUGAGAAUAGGGUCCCCAGUGGAAGAGUUAGAGAAAGGACUGAAGGAGCUGAAGGGGUUUGGACUCCAUAAGAAGAACAACAAUAUCAACCAACCAGAACCCCUAGAGUACCCAGUGAACUAAACCAUCAUCCCAAGAGAACACAGGGAUGGACCUAUGGCUCCAGCCGCAUAUGUAGCAGAGGAUGGGCCUUGUGGGGCAUUAAUGGGAGGAGAGACCCUGGUCCUAUGAAGGCUCAAUGCCCCAGUAUGGAGGAAUGUCAGGGUGGGGAGGUAGGAGGGAGUGGGUGGGUGGGUGAGGGAACACCCUCAUAGAAGUUGGGGGGGGGAUGGGAUGGGAUAGCGGGUUUCUGGAGGGGAAAGGGGACAUUUAAAAUGUAAAUAAAAAAUAUCCAAUAAAAGAAAAAAAAAGGUUGCAGUAAUCAGUGUUGGAGAACAAUUGUUUUCUCUUGUUAUAAAUUGCUAAUUAGUCUUGAAGGUCUAACCUGUUUUGUAGAAAAUCCUCCCUUAUUUUCUCUGAGAAAGUGGCUUGGACAGUAAUCUAUUUACUCAUCUCUGCACCUCUCUUCCCGCUUGUUAAAAUAAAAAAUUCAAAACCUCUAGGGACUCUCCACUGUUGAGUUCUGCUUGGGAGGAGCGCUGAAACAGUGGCCUCGCACUGAAGUAAAUAUUGACUGGGAGUGCGGCUGAGCCUAGUUCAAAGCAGCCUAUUGUCCCCCCUUAGUCAGCACUCCAGCCCAGCCUGGAGUGUGCAUGUGUGAGGGAGAGAAGAAAGACGGUGAAGGGAAAUGAACAGGCCCACAGCUGAACUCGUAAAUGCACCACAGAGCGGAAAGAGAAGCUGGGUACAAAGCCAGCAGGGGCUUAUGCUGGGUUGCAGAGAAUCUAGGAGCCUGAAGUGCAGAAACACUGGCUGUCUUGUCUGUCGAGGAGAAGUUCAGCAGACACAAAGCUGCUUGUUUGGGUGGGUCCAGCUGGUCUCUGAGCGCAGCCUUCUUGGCGGGGAUGCAGCCUUUUCAGGACAACAUUAAAUGUAGCUUUUGGGUGAGCUCGAGAGAGAAGUUAAAAAGCCUGGAUUCCAGAAUAACCAUUCUCCCUUCGUGGUGCAUGUACCAAGGUCCUGUUGGCCUUCCUGCCUUCAGCUGUCAUGUCGGAUUACACACUCUCCUGGGUCUCCUAAGUGCCUUAGCAUCCCUAAGGUAUCAGAUGGGUGAGGGAGGGCCAUAUGCCAUUUGAACUGAGAGUUCUGAAGUUCUGGAGUUGUUCUUAGCCGAUGAGAAAUUUGAACUUUUCCUGAACAUAUCAUUUGGACAGGGUACAGAUACUCUUGUUUAAAGUGAAAUGCCCUGAGUAAAAACUAAGUAAUUUUUUUUAUAAAUCUUUUAAUUCAAGAAUCCAAUCAAACAGCUGGCUGACUUACAUUCUAGUGAAAACCAUCUUGAUACAUUUACUAACUGGAGAAGUAAACAGGAGUCCUAAAAAAGGAAUCCUCAUACAUCUGGACUGUAAAGUUAUUAUUAUUUUUUAAAUAAAUUCACUCUGAAAACCUGUGGCAUGAUAUGAAGUUUUCAUCUCCACUGACAUUGAAUGCACAGUCGUCCAGUGAUGUUUUGGUGCGAGCACAUCAGUGCUGAGGGCCACAUGCGGGCACCUAGCAGGUUAUUAGAAUAUUCAUUAAUUGCCAAGACAAUCACCAAACUGUUCUACUCCACUAUCAUGUUAGGACAGAUAAUGUCACAAUAGAGCGCUCUGGGAGAAGGCACAUCUGCCCAGGGACCACUGGGAAGCACUUCCUGGAGGGGAAAUAAUUUAGUCUAGAUUCUGAAUAAAUGGGCAUGGUUUUCAUAGCCGAGAUGGAAAUGGUAGAAGAAUAUUCCAGGAACCUUUAGCAACAAGAGCAGAGCUCUGCGGGCGGUGCGGCCUUGUAGAUGGAUCUGGAAGGGGAAGGAAAACCUUUUACGCUGGAAAACUGUCCAGGCCUUUGUGGGAGAGGUGUGUCGACCAUUUUACAGCACAUCGAAGGGAGGCUGUGAUUUUGCUUUGGGAGGAAAAUAACAGUGCUUUGUUGUUUUUUGUUUUUGUUUUGUUUUGUUUGUUUUGUUUUUUAGAGCAGUUUUAGGUUCACAGCACAAUUGAAGGCAGAUACAGAUAAAUCUCGUGUACUGCAAUCCCCUCCUGGGUGAGCAUUUGCAGUCCGAAGGGGGCAGGUUGCUAUGCUUUAUUUCAAAGCACAAGCAGGCGUUGGCGAACGGUAAAGAUCUCCAGACUAGCCUUGGCUUAUGAGUGGUCAGGAGGGAAGUGAUGAAACCGAGGGUUUUCAGUAUUUCAGUAUUACGGUUUAAGGUAUUGGAAUACUUUUCAUUUCUGACGCGCAUUAAGCAGCUGUUUUCACACUAGUUUUGUUUUGCUUUCAACAGAACAACAACAAAACAAAACAAAAUUAAAAAAAACAAACAAACCCAAAAACUCCUUGUCCAAAGCCAGCACUAGAAAUUAUGUAUAGAAGAGACACACCAGACACAGCAGACUGUCUUUCAAGGUUGUGCAUCUAUGGCUGUUUCCAGACUUCUGGGAUAGGAGGAGGAGCUACUAGAUCUUCAGAUCCCGCCCCUUAGAUCCUCCAAGUUCCGGGACAGCCUCGGUGUUCCCUGUGGGUAACUAGGACUUCCGGUGUGGAAGAGGUUUAUUCUUGUUUGUACGGCUUGGGUUCUCUUAGGGGAACAGAAUCUAUUGGCCCGUAUACCGUGCACGGCGCCCUGGGAACCUCACCCUUGUUAUUUAUUUAGUCCUGGCAAGAGCUCUUAUGAGAGUGGCAUUAUACUGAUUUUUGCUUUAUAGAUGAGCAAACCGGGUUUUGCAUAUUUUAAACCAGCCCAAGGCCUCUUAGCUUGUAAGUGGCCCCUUUAACCACUCAGCUGGGCUGUGUGGAGUGACACACUUAGUUGAAUAGAACUCGGUGAAAUGCUGAAGGGUGACCUUGGGGCAAAAUUUCCGAGGACCUACAGUGUCAAAUGAUAGGGAAUCUAUGCUAAUAUGAAGGGAGUAUUAAAAACGCACACUUUAGUCCUGGUUGUUGAGUGUUUAAUGGACUGAAGGAGCAAGCCAGAAAAAAAAAAAAACUGUUGCGCCGGUAGGCACCUAAUUAGUGCAGGGCUUCAGUAUUUUGCAGACUUGGUCACUGGAGCUGUAGGGUGUCUUAUGUAUAUAAAGAGGACAGUCCUGUCUGCUCUGGAAAGGGGGUCAGCUAACCUCUGGUUCUCCACUGAAAGUUUUAGAAGUUAAGAAUCAACGCGGUCAGGUCAGAGGUUUUCCCAAACAUUAAUUUUCAAGUCCUGCACUCAGGCUUGGUCUUGGUUAACAUGGCCAUGCCCAGUGACUUCAACUUCUAACGUACUUUGCUUAUUCCACAGAAAACAUCCGUCAAACUUGAUGUUGGUUUAGGGGAGGAGUGGGAGGGAGGGGAAAAAAAGGAAGGAGGAAAUGAUGUAAUAUUAUAAUUUCAAAAAAUAAUUUCAAAAUUUAAAAUAUAAUUUUAAAUCAAGAAACUAACAGGGAAUAGCCUCUACUUGCUUGAAUGGGCUUCAUUCCGGUGGCUCAGAGCCUUCCUUCACCCACGUGUUUUUUUACACUUCCUGCUACUCCUUUCCUUCAUCGACUCUGCCCUAUGGCCUUGAGGUCAGUAAAUUAUUCCUGGUUAGUCGUAAAGACAACUCUCCUGACAGGCUGUGAGUGGGUCAGGUUCCCUUUAAGCCCCCAGAAGUCCAUGGCAGAGGAAGAGAGGGUUUGGUACUUCCUUUCUGUGCUCCGCACAUGCGCAUUGCCAGACAGGCAGAUUUGUUAGCCCAACUGAGUGUCAGGAGACCUUGGGCCUUCUUUCCUCCUGUCCUGAAUUGAGAUCGCCUCACUGUCUCCCUCCUUAGCCGCUCAUGCGAAUGACGUAGGGCAAUAACUGGUGUGCACUUUUGGUGCUGUUGUGAGCUCCUUUCUAGAUUUUGUGAUUCUUGAGGUGAGAGAUUGUGUUUGUAUGUAAACCCACUGUGCCCAGGGCUGCCUCGUUAGGAAUGUACGGUGGGUUCCGGGUCUCAGGUUGUACUUCUUCACUGCAUAUUUGCUGAGAUCCAGGAAAAUCUAAUCUUUCUAUGUUUUCAGUUUUCUAUGUACAAAAAGAAAUAAUCAUAUUUUCAUCCAGGGAAAUUGUUUUCACAGUUAGAUGAUGUAUUUCCACAUGUAAAGUCUCUAAUAGGCCUUUUAUAUAUUAUGUAGGCAGUGCAUAUUAUAUAUCGGUAGGCAGAUUUAAAUGCAUGUCUAUGUUUUAAUUAUUUUGUUCUGGUACAGAAUAUCCAACAGCUGUAGAAAUGUGCCCAAACGGCCUCACCUAACUUUGUUGCUAGUUUUACUCAGCUCUCAGUUUUCACUUCUGUGUAAUGGGGAUGAUGUGUUAUUUGAAAAAUCAGUAUGAUUCAGUAAAAAGUGAGUAUGUGUGGUAUUUCUUUAGUGAAACCCUGGGGUUGUUAUUAUGAUGAUCUAGUUACUUGGAGGAUUAAUCUCAGAAGUAUUAAUAUACAAGGUCCAUUGCCCGCAUGCUGUUUUCAUGUUCUUGGCUGUUAAUGCCUAUGUGUGCUAAGAACUUACCUGAAGGCAAGAGCCAGCCAUGAGGGAAUUCUGAUUUGGACCUUGGGAAAAUGACAUGGUGUCUUACAAGACUACCACAGCCCAGAGUCAAGUUGGUUGUUAAUUUUUCUUUUCUUUUUUGCCUUAAAAAAAAACAGAAACAAACAAACAAACAAACAAAAAAACAAACAAAAAAAACCCAACUAGAUGUUUAACCUUGACCAAAUCACCCAAUACCUUGAAAUGGACUUUUUUCAUUUCUUUUCAUUUUUGUGAGAUGAUUGUAUUGGUUGGUAUUUCAGGGAAUUCAGGAGAUCUGGACUAUGUCAGGGCCCUGACACUGAUAAUUACUUGACUUUGGGUAAGUCAUUUGACCCAGGUCAAGUUGAGGUUCCUCAUCUGUAAAGAGAGAUUUUUGUCCUCUGCCAGGUCACUUUUGAUUUGCUGAAUCUAUUAGCUUUUCAAAUCGACCUGGUUGGCAACUGUCAUUUCCACAUACACCCCAUUUUGUCAGUGCAAGGGAAUUCAUUCAUACAUAUCUACCAGGCCUGUGAACUUUCGAAGUGAACACACAUUUUUUUCCCUUUAAAAUACACACUGAAUAUAUUUUCAAAUUAUUUUUCCUGUUUUCUUCCCAGACAUAGCUUUUUAAGGAUUUGCAAAUGGAAAACUAAAUCAAAAUUAUAGUUAGUGAAUAACAACAGUAACGUACCACAGGUAUUCCACUGCAGAAGGCGUAAGUGGCUUCUCCAGUGUUGGUGAGUCAAAUCUGGAAAUCUUCCCACAUGGGGAGACCUCAACCGAGCUGUGUCUGAUUAAACUCCAAAUUUAGAUUAAAAAAAAAAAAAGCCUAUGUUCUUCAAAAGAAAAAAACCACAAGAACCUGGAAUUAAAAAAAAAGUUCACUUACAGCUUCAUACAAUGUAGCACAGGAUGAAUUCUUGAACUGUCUUUCAUUUGUUUUCUCCCUGGCUUUUGGGAGGUGACAAGCGGUACAAUUAGGAAGUCCUCUCAACAGUCGCCUAACUCUGUAAAGCACUGGAAAUCAGGCCAAGAGUGGUCAGUGGCAGCCCCUCUCAGGGCUGUGUGAGCGGGGUUGACAGCCACACCCCUAGUCAGUUUCCUAUAGCACUCUUGUUUAUGUGCCUUUCUCUUCCAAGUGUGAUCAUUAACACACACACACACACACACACACACACACACACACACACACACACACACACACACACAGCGAUAUGAAGUAGACAAAUUUCAAAACUUGUUUUAACAAUCUAUGAAAACCUAAGUAGACAAGAAAUGCUGAACCCUGAAGUCCCACAGUGCCAGCUCCCUAUGCAAGAAAGAAGGGCUUCAGUGGCAAAGUGGCUACAUUGUAAGAAGGAACUUAAAGUUGGCUACAUUGUAAGGUAUUAAGUGCAUUUGCAUCACCCCCAGAAGUGUGGUGGUAGAUACAUAAAUAGCAAGGACUAAUUACUAUCUACCUGGUCUGUGCUGUUUUACAUUGGAUUGUUUUGUUUACCAAGCCAUUUACCUGGGAGACCCCUGGACCACUUUAGGGUCUAUUUUCUCUGCAAUUUCUAGUCAAAUAUAUCAUGGGUAGACUGAACGGGAUUCUCACUGUCUCCUGUGCCUGUGUGGUUUUGGUUGUAGGAAGGUGUGUUCUCUCAGAGCUUAGAUUCUGUUCUCAUGCAAGUCCAUCGAUCUGUGAGUAGCAGCCAUUACUGACAGUAAAACGUGUGCUUGCCAGUCUUUCUACAAUUUGUUGUCUGUGAGCUUAGUGUUUCUUGUUUCCUGGCUACUCAAGUAAAAAGAAUGGAUGGUAUUGAAUUUAAGAGUCUAAGCUGAGCUUAUGUAGACUUGCUAUAAACUAUAAUUCUGUAAUGUUGAUUGUUUUGGUUAUCAAGUGAGUAUUAAUAUAGAUUUUCACUGAUAUUUAUCCCCAGUUACUAGAUAAUUAUUUUCGCUAAAGACAUUUUAAAAGUGAGAGCUUCUAAUAACAGUGCUAAUAAUGGGAGUAUGAUUUUAAGAUAUUUCUUUUAUAAAUAUUUAAUUACUCUUGAUCUGUUAUAGGCCACUGUGCCCAUGAUGUAUUUAGGAAGAUGCUGGGGAAAUAAUACAGUCCUUUCAACCAGAAGAAAAAUCUGUGUGUCUGGUUUCUUAGUUUUCACAAUGGUAUAAGAGAAAUAUGUUCUUAAUAGGCAAAAUGUUAAAGAAAUGAUUUUGUUUGAAGAUGUGUAAACACACUUUGUUUUACAUUGUAUCACUCACUCUAGGUAUAAGGAAAAAUAAAAUAACGGUGUUAUAUUUGAAAAACAGGCACAUGAUUUGUAUUAAAGGAGUCUUAUGGGAGAUCACAACUAUCUUUCCUAUUUUAUUUAAAUAAAACUAAUAAUUGCUUAAAAGGCGCGGAUCAUCGGGAGUCCAGAUUCCAGUGGAGUUUCUAGAAUAUUCUUCCUAGAGGUCCUGGGAGAGCAGACCCUGAGAGGUCAUGCCUACCUAAUGAUUAAGGACUUUUUGGUAGUUUUUAUUUUUCUUAUUGCUUUGGAAAUGAAAGAAGUACCAUCUUAAUAGUCACUACCCCUGAUGGCACCUGUACCCAGGUGGUAGUGUCCCCCCACCUGUAAGUUGCAGUUUUGGAAGCCUUUUAACAGUCUUUUAGCUACUAACUCUCUCAUGCGUGUACAACAUGAUCGAAUGUACUCGCUGCUUCCUGUUUUGUCUGAUAGGGAGGGCUGUGAACUCAAGAGGAUCAGCCCAGUGAGGAGCCAGCACAAGCUACUGAGUCUGUGUCCUCCCCACUCCCUAUCCAUACCCCCUCUCACCUCAGGAAAGUUGCCACAGAGUUAGAGACUCUUCCCUGUGUGUGUUUAUUAUCUGGCACUGUGUAGAAUUUUCGAAUUACAAGAGUGAUUGUGUUUCUACACAUAUAGUGUGCUUUAGAAUUUGUUUCAAUUAUAUAUUAAGUUAUAUUCAAUUUUACAUUAAAGAUACACCUCACAGGUUUUGAUCCAUCCACAUGGAGAGAUGAUUAGUGUGCCCAAUCUCUAUUCAGUACACUAUAAAAUUUUCUUUCUUUCAUAUUUUCUUUCUUCUUCCUUCCUUUCUUUUGGCGGGGCAGGGGGUGAGGGAGACAUGGUUUCUCUGUGGCUGUCUGGCUAUUGUGGAAUUCACUCUCAAGACCAGGCUGGGCUCAAGCUCAGAGACCCGCCUGCCUCUGCUUCCCAAGUGUGGGGCUUAAAGGCGUGCACCACCACAUCUAGUAGUAAAAUAUUCUUAACUGUAGUCCUCAGGUGUCUGUUAGGUCUUCGGGUUUAUUUCAUCUUAUAUCGCUACAUCUUUUAUCCUGUUAGUAUCAGAUACUAUGUCCCACGAUUAUUUAGGUUCUAUUUACUCCUCUCCUGAAAACUUACUCUAGUGACUUAGUUCGCUAAUUACGAAGACAGAGCUAACUGGGAUCAGUCACCUCAGGAUUGAAUGUAGACCCUUCUCCUUUGUUUUCCUCAGCUGCUUUUGUUUGGUUGAUAUUUGCAAAGAUGGGUUGAUAAUGGCGAAGUGGGUCACACAAGAAACUCGUGGUCAGGGCACAGGGUUUCCAGAUAGCACUGGAUCCUCCCUGUUUAUCUGGAGGGAACAGUAAUGGCUAAAUCUAUUGGUCAGGGUUUAUAAUGACUUGAAGUGUAUGAAAUCACUACGAGAUUUAAACACUUACCUGCCCAAUUCUUUGAAGUCUGAUCAGACGACGAUAUUUAUUUGGUCUGGUAUCGUAGGAUAGAUUUGGUGAUGGAAUCCAAUUUCCUAUAAAGCCUGAUUCAGUGCAGUGCAGACAGAUUGGUUAAAAUGGCCGGAAAAGCACUGCUGUAUACAAAUAAAGAUGGGAUAGGGCAGGGUUAUUAACAAAUCCACAGUGAACGCCACUUAGGGGACUUCUUAGCACAUCAUGAACUACAAAUUUAAUUCGGUCAUCUGGGAAAGAGCACUUCGGAUAAAAUUCAGAUGAGCUACUUAGUGUUAUACAGAUUUAACAGUGGCGGGAAAAUGUUCCCCACCCACAACGGACAUGUCUACUUUUAGCCCACACAACAGAUAUUAUAUACAUUUCUUUUUUCUUUUUUUUUCUCGGAGCUGGGGACUGAACUCAGGGCCUUGUGCUUGCUAGGCAAGCACUCUACCACUGAGCUAAAUCCCCAACCCACAUUUCUUUUUUCUUAAAUGAAUUCAGCUUAUGCCUGAACACCUGAAAACACUUGCUCCCCACAGCUUUAUGGAACUGCUGUACCCUCACCCCCUUGCCUUCUUCAGAAGAAGACCACACUCAUUUAAAGUUUGUGUAGAAUAUGACCAACUCUUGCUUGGGCAUGGGCUGUGUGCAGGGUACUUAAUGGACAACGUUUCCGGAUAGCAGAGCUAGUUACUCAUGAAAGGAAGAAGUAGAAUGUUGUGCUCAUGGGGAGGCGUCUUUGAAUAAGACUGCUUUUUCUCCGUUGAAUUUUCCUUCUCUGCACUCUGUGUACUAGUUGGGGUAAUCAGAGCCAAUCCCUCUUGAGAUGAAGUAAAAUGUUCCCACUGUGUGUUGUCUCCAUAUGGUUUUCUUUCUCCUAACUUUUUUCCCCCCUCGAUGUUUACUAGAAGAGAGCAAGUGGCCAGGCCCUGUUUGGGGCAUCUGAUCAAGGUGACUGUCUCUAAUGGACAACGAUGGGUUUAAGAAGUGACCCCCCCUAUUGUCUCCAGGACAAAACCCUUCCCUUGCAUCUUUCAGCCGGUAUGGCCACUUCUAAAGGAUCCGUGAGCAAAGUGCUGCAUUUUUAUUAAUCAGCUUAGCUUAAUGGGAUGAAAAGAGCUUUGAAAAGAGCAGAGGGGAAGCCCGGCUGAAAGUCGCUCUAAUUCUUUUCCAGGAGAACCACAGGGUUUUUUUUUUCCUUCCAUACCCUGAUUUCUAGGGAAGAUAUUUGGUGGUUUCCAGGUGCUUCUAGUAGUCUUUCUAGUUUUUACACACGUAGAGACUCCCGCUAGCCUUGCGUUCCCUGCAGCUAUAAACAAGAAUUAGUAGGCGUUCAAGGGAGAAAUAGUUUUUGAAAGGAGGCGGGAAAGCUUAAACUGAUAAAGCACAACUCUGUCCGUCUUGAUGGGGGCUGUGUUUGGAUAGCUCGCCCUUGUCCGAAUUCUUCUCUUUCCCCCCUCCUUCCGGCCCCAGUGCGCCUCCCCUCCCCCCUCACCCAGCCUUCUUCAUAAACGGUAGCAGCUGGAGAUCUUUCAGUGGUACUCAGGGAUUACUUCCCUUUGGGGUUUUAAUAAGCCCUGAUGCCUGCAUCACUGCAAAGGCACUUCUGGGGACAAUGGCACUGGUGGGGGGGUAAGGGGAGGGAAUCAUGGGCCCUUUGAGGACCCAGACAGAUAGGUUCAGGCAGCACCCUGGGAUGCAUUCUGGAAGGCAGAAUGCUGAAACAGGAGCCCACAGGCCCCAAAGAGGAACCAGAGCAGACAUCAGCUUGGAGGUGAAUUUCUGCCCAGUCUGGAGAGAGUGCUUCCUGCUGCUUCUUAACGAGUGGUUCAUCCUCUCACUGUAAAUGGCUGGAAUGACCAGUCGGAGUCACCACCACCAAGGUCACAUGACCCUAUGCCUACCUGUACCCCUGUGGGGAGGACCCUUCCACAGUGGUUGCCCCUACAUUGCAGGGUGCCGCUGGCCUCUUUUGUUGGAACUAGGGAGUGUUUUAUAAGGGUGGGAUUCUAUUGGAGGCUGCUGCGUGCUGUGGAUUGUGUGGGUUAGAAGGGGCGUGGUUUCGUCUUUUUAAAAAUUUAUUUCUUUUGGAAACCUAAAGUGACAAAAAGUGUCACUUGGGAAGAGAAAAAAUGACAACCAUUUGAAAUAUAUAUGUAUAUAUAUAACAUAUAUAUAUAAACAUAUAUAUAUAUAUGUCUUACAUGAAAAAAUAGGAAACGGGGAUGGGCACUAAAACUGUAUUAAAUGGAAACAUUUAUCAAGUCACCUGGGUCAGUGCCAUGCCAGCCCAUGGGAAGCGUGCAGGGUGACCUCUGCAUUCAUUCCAAGCAGAAACAGUCAUUUUUGUUGUUGGUGUUUGUUUCAUCACUGCUUACAGAUAGUUUUUGUUUUUGAAAUUGUUAAAUAUGUAAGUACUUUAAAGUCCCUCUAAGGGACACUGAUAUUCUCAAUAUGUAUGUAUACUUCAGGAAAUAAACUUUACAGUGAACUUUGGAAAGAUUUUCCUAAGAGUAGUUUAUAUUAAUAGUAGUUUGUCCCAAGAUGUAAUUUUUCCAAAGUAAGCUGGGGGAGGAAAGGAUGGGUUUGCAGAGUGGAAGCUGGGAAAGGGGAUAUUUUACAUUUCAAAAUGUAAAUAAAUAAAACAUCCAAUAAAACAAACAAACAAACAAAUAACAUUAAAAUGUUCCUAAAGGCAUUCCCAGGAGAGCUGGUGUGCGGAGUAACUUCCCCUAGCUACCAGGGUCACCGCUCACAUCCUAGUUUUAUCUUUUCAUUUUGAGAAUGUGGUUUUUUCCUUCUCUUUCCAUAAGAUCUGCUUCUGCCCUUCAGGAAAGCCCAAGCACCCGUAUUUCAGAGAUUCAACUGUCCGGUUAGACACUGUUCCUCCUGCCUGUGGCAUUCUGUAGAUGCCAUGUGCCAUUCACAGAGGGGACCGUUGAGUUCAGGGCUUACAGAAAGGUCUGCCUCCUUUGUCAGGGGAAAUAAACAAAACACAUUAUUGAUGUAUAACACGAGUGUUUCAUACAGGUAUUCAGUAUGAAGGGGUUAAAUCAAACCAGAGGGAACACCACCUAUUUGCAUGUGUGUGUGAGGGGGAGAAGGGCUGUAGAUAGGACCUAAAAGUUUAUACUCAGCCAUCUCUGAGCGUACAGUAUAGUGUUAUUAAGUGUAGGCCCAACGAUGUCUGGUACAUCCUUGAAACUUAUUCCCCUGUUUAGUCGAAGUUUUACGCUCUUAACGUGCAGAUGGGUGGAUUCUCCCAUUAGUAGAUUUCUGGACACAUGACCUAAGAUUGAUUAUGAUUUUCUUAAUUGCUGAGCGGUGACCAUCAAAGGAGCUUCCUGAAAUGCCACCUGCCUGGUCUCUGUCUGAUACAGCCUGUGGUUUCUAACAGUGCCCUUCUCUGACAGUGUCUUGGUAGGAGACAGUAGUGAGGGCCAGAGCUUGGGCUCCAUGCUGCAGGAUCCGGAAGCAGCUGUACUUCGUCUGGGUGGACAGCCAUUGAUUUUUAUAUACCCGGGCCUCCUGAUGGCGUAAAAACCCAUUUGUGCCUCUUUAGAUUAAGGUUAAUUCCUGUGGUGGUUUGUGCAGAUGCAUGAACAGAUGCUGCACUCUUACCGAGGCUUUUAGAUUUACCCUCCAUACUCAGAAAUGAAAUCUAGUUAAAAAUCAAAUGCAUCAUUAAGUCAUAAAAAGGAAAGGGGGAUCCUUAAACAGGAUACAUCACCUCAAAUUAAACCCUUGAACCUUGUCCUGGUAAACCUUGGCACUGGGGCUUUAGAAGUGGUUUACUAUUUGUAACUGUGCUCACGUUCUGCCAUGCUGGCUAAUAGGUAGUAUGUCCCCGAAGCACCAACAAUUUGAGAACAAUGAUGUUUAUUCAUUUUCUUGACAGAGGGAAGAAUGUGAUUUCAAAGCAUCUAUGGGUUUUCACACGCAGACACGCACAUGCGUGUAGUAUGUUAGCCCAUAUUCCAGGUGGCGGAAUGCAGAGUUGUAGCAGUGAGUGGCUCAAACGUGCCCGCCAGUCCACAGACGCUCUCUGGGGAGAAGGUACCCAGAGUGUGGGAAGGCUGACUGACCCAGUGCAGAGCAGCGCUCUUACCUGUCUUUCUGAGCAUCUGCGUAGCGGCUUCCUCUGUGGUUGGGAAAUCAUUUGUAGCUUAGAGUUGUAAUGUUGGAAGACAGUCUGCUCACCUACAGAUAAUGUUCCAUUAGCCUUUUCUGAAUUGACAAGGCUGGCUGCUUCCCUGUAUUCGUCUGUCAAAGCCGGAGGAUCUGUCUGUUUCAGGAUUCUCCCCUCAGGCCUUAUUAAAGUAACUACCACAUAAACAAACAGUACUUCCAAAUCGGGAAGACCGAAGAUGGGACUUGAUGUCACUUAGCCACAUUGCUUCUGUCAUUACCGUGAACUUGUUUUCACCUUAGAAGCAGGAUCACAUUUUAGGAAUAGGUACACGUAAUCCCACGACUUGUGUUGGGACAGUUCCCUUAGACCUCUUAUGUGCUUGGCUAUUGAUUAAUUCACUGAAUCUAGGUGACCCCUCCCCUCCAAGGCAGCAAUUUUUUACACUGUUGGGAGCAGACUGCAGUCCUGAAAAUCCUUGUUGAUGACAUCAUGUAUUUGCAUCAAGAAGAUUAGCCAUUGCCUACCUACUUAACUAACCCCCACUUUCCCGUCCAGCCGCAUGGCGCUGAACUGAAGUGCCGUUACAUCUGCAAAGUGUCUGCUAGCGAAUGUGUUUUGGAGGUGAGGAAGGAGUUAAGGAAAUGGUGUCUCUGGGCCUGUCAGCAUUUUCCCUGUUUUUCCGUAAUGACUGGUGAGCUCAGGUGCAGUCUGGCUGUGUGUGGGCCAUAUCCUAACCUUUUAUUUCACCAAAGAUAGAGCGCUUGCGCCGUGGAGACAGUUUAAUCUCAAGUAGAUUUUGGCAAUACUGCCUCACGGUCUCGUUAUACUCUGUUGGCUGUGGGUCUUCAUCUUCCUAAGAUCCCACUCAGAAAUUAUUUUAGUACACCUUUCUGUGAUCAUAAGUGCAGUGAGGUGCUCAUCCUUCCUCCUGAGUGUUGAAGGCGCUAAUAACUGGGAGAACUUCCUCGCAGCAUCCUCUGCCAUUCGAGGGAAGUGCUCCUGCUUCCCACGCAGCUGAGUGAGUGCGGUGUAGAACCCUUGGCUGUGUCUCUGGUGCUGGUCAGUUCAGCGACUGGACAGGGAAAGGGGGGUUAGUUAAGUAGGUAGGCAAUGGCUAAUCUUCUUGAUGCAAAUACAUGAUGUCAUCAACAAGGAUUUUCAGGACUGCAGUCUGCUCGAAACAGUGUAAAAAAUGCUGCCUUGGAGGGGAGGGGUCACCUAGAUUUAAGAGGACACACAAUGACCCAGCCCUGACUGCCUCGUGACUCUCUUAGGAGCAUUAUGUGCGUGAAGUCUUUGUCUGUGGAAUGCCCUUGCAUAUGGGCUCUGACACUGGCAUCUUCAUUUUGCUGAUGAGGUAGCAAGGUGUAGAGAUGAGUCUCUCCAAUCCAUCAGAGACCGGUCUAAUUGGGAUUAAAAUCCCCGGUAGUCUAUGCCAUUAGCCAUUGCAACCCGUUGCCCCUGCCCACCCAGGCUGUCGAGUCAGGCACAUUAUUGUAAGGCUAUGUUAUGAAGCUCACCAAAUCUUAUCCUUGGCCCUCCACACCCCUGUCAUCUUCAAAGUAGUAUCAGUCAGAAAGAUACUAAUUCUAACGCCAUGUUUUAGGGCUGCUUUCUUGUGUGCGUGCUUGUGAAGCUUGAGACGGCGAGAAGCCACAAAUGCUCAGAUUAAUGUUCUUUAGAUGAAAGUCCCUCGAGUGGAUGAGGACUUCUUACUGGAAGAAGCAAAUAGAAGGGGGAGACAUUUUAACUUAAAAGAAGUUUACACUGUAGUAAGCGCAGUCAGUGUGGAUCUUUACCACCCACUGAAUGUAAGCCUCCCCCUUUCCUUGUUUGCUGAUUUUUCCCCAUUUAUUUUUUAAUUGCAUGUAUAUAUUACACACAUUAGUAUCAUACAGCACCAUGUUUUAAAGUGUGUGCAUUGUGGAAUGGCUAACCAGGCUAUCUACCAGGUUCAUGACUUUUUUUUUUUUUAAUGUGGCUAUUCAGCAUAGUGACUAGUUAUCUUAAGCAUCUUCCCCAAAUUGAAAUUUUGUGUCCUUGGACUGAAACCUUUCCAUCACCUGCACCCUCCCGUCCCCCAGAUCAGCCUUCAGACUCUUGGUUCUGGUGAGUCUGUGGUUUUGCACCCUGUGUAGGUGAUGUCACAAGAGAUGAGCAAUGUGUUUGGGAAAACCUCUGGUGUGGAUUGAAAAGCACAAACCAUUCCGUGUGGUUUAGUGUUUAAAGGUGUUGAAAGCAGGCCUAACAAUUGCAACUUAACUAGUUUAGGUUUUUACAGACCGAGGUCUCCCCUGUUUUAAGCUGACUUCAUACAUGCACACAAUCAUGUCUGAAGAGUACAAGUAUACAUAUAAUUAUAAUUAUUGCUGACAUAAUUUUAAUGACAAAUAAAACUUCUCUCUGUAAUUUUGAUUUAGUAGCUUACGUUUGCACCACACAAAGUGACAGAGCACCUCACAAGCUCUUGGUAUUUGGAAUUGCCUCUGUGAGGAUGUGUAUGUGGUAUUGUGCCUCUGUGAGGAUGUGUAUGUGGUAUUGUCUCUGUGAGGAUGUAUAUGUGUAUUGUCUCUGUGAGGAUGUGUAUGUGUAUUGUCUCUGUGAGGAUGUGCCUUUUCCCUCUGAGGUGUUGCUCAUUGCUUGUUAGUUUUCUCCCACAAAUUAAGAGUGAGGAUUGUGGUUUUCUUGACAGAUGCUAGAGGCAGGCUGGAGUCAUAGGACUUCCUGUCAUAGUAAAUUUUAUAGAUGGGAAGGACUUACUUUAACCAAAGCCUUUUUUGGGGUAGAUUAAAGAUUGGAGUGCAUGUGGCCAUAAUCUUAUUUUUCCCCCUCAGAUUUUUGAUUCUCUUUAAAAAAAAUCUAUGAAGAUUGUAGUUUUUGGUUACACUUUAUCAAAAAGAAAAGUGACCAAUUACAAACCCACUACUGCCAUUGGCUUUGCAAGGGAAAUUUAAGCUCCUCACAUACAAUUUAGGGAAAGAUUCUUUGCUUAGUUCAGCACUCAGACAUUUGUCCUGGUCAUUAUUGGCCCCGAGUAAAAUAAAAUAAACGAAAAGCAGGCAAAUUUUAGAAAGAUUUAUAGCAGGAUGUUCUUAUAAAACCAGAAAGUUUAAAAUCUGGUUGAUUUAAACCAGAAAUGCUUGCUUUGCUCUCAAAUAUUUAUAAAGCUCUAAAUCCUUUCUGUGCCCUUUCUGAUGGCUCACAGAUUAUAGCUCUGUGUUGUCCUUGUCCCUCCCCACCCCACCCCUCCCCGUCCAUCCCAUCCCCCCACUCCCCACCCCUGGACACAAGAUCCUCCACUCUCCAUUGCUGGUUACUCUGGGACUAAGUUGCUGCUCUUCUCACACUAGGCACGUCUCUUGGGAUUUAGCUCAAUGGUGGAAGUUUUGCCAUUCAAGAUACAGGGCUGUUACCAUCCAUGGCCACGAGCCCAAUCUGCUCUUUUUGAGAGAAAUUGAGUAAGGAAUUCUAAGUUCCUUUAGAUGUAAUAAAUAAUGUAAUGGGAUACGUCAACCCUUCUGGAAACAAAUAUUUUAAAGUAAGGAGAUUAAUCAAAUUGACCCUUUAUUUAAAUAUGACUUUUCCAUUUCGCUUGCAGCUCGAGGGUGCCUAGAGGGGACUUCACGUGUAAUUUGGUUUAAAGUUUGGUGUGGUUUUCUGAAGUUUCUCACAGCCUUGGUAUUAAUCUGUAAAGAAGGAGAGAAGGCAUUUUUCUUGUGUCAAAUGUGAACAUACAUUGUGCUUUUGGAUUCCAUAAAAUGUUGAGUUCUAUCUGCCAUCUUCGCAGGAAAGCUAGUCAAGAAAACUUUUGCCUGCAUCUGCUUGGGCAGGGGGAGGAUUGAGGAUUGCACACUGGUGCAAGUAAUUUUUCUCUCCUUUUCUAACAGUGUUGAACUGUAAUGUCUUGGGAGUCUUAGGAGUCACAGUUGUGCAUACACACACACACAAACACACACACACACAUGUCCUCAUAUCCAUACACACACGAAAAAUGUUUUCAUGGUAGUUUUAGUGCUUUGUCAAGAACUGUAAUUGUUCAUGUCAAACUAGGAUACAGCAUCAUUUGUAGCCUGCAGAAUAUACAACAUGAUAGCUUAAGUGACCCAUUGAAACAAAAAAGCCCUAAGGACGGUUAGAAAGAAGAGUAUUUUGAUCACUGAUGUUUCUAAUAUUUCCAAUCAGUGUCCCUUGGUUUAACUGUCCCCUUCAAGUUUCAUUUGCUCAAAUCUGGAUGUGCCAGCGUGACCUUGUGUGCUCAGCCCUGCGAGCAUCCAUCUUUAGAAUGGAUGCUUUUGCUAACCUGGACUUUGCUGUCAAGUGUGUCUGCACGGGGCUCAAUUGAUCCAUCUCCAUUUCUUAAUGAGGAGUUUGGUCUUAAGUGUAGUGAACCUUCUCACUGUGAGGCUGUUACCUAAGGCUCAAAAUCUAUCAUAAUUACCAUUUCUCUUAAACACCCAUCAUUAAGGAGUGCACAAAACGCUUGCCUUAAAAGGAUAGUUUCACAGAGAUUGCUUCUUGGGUAUGUGUCAGCACAAAAUGAAAUCCCCGGGGUGGAGGAAAAGGGAGCUCCGACACACUAAGAGUGGAGGAAAAUCUGCACAUUUAAAUACAGCCAACUGAAAGGCAGUUAAUGGCUGUGUGUCGGUAUAACCACAGAGGCAGCAGGCUCUGCGCCCUGCUGAACCUUGAGGAGGAUUUCUUUCUCUGGUGGAGUGUUGCCACUGAGAAGCAGGAACCCAUUAGGAGGGAAGUAGCUCGUUUCGCCCAGACAUGGAUACACAUCUAACUCCGGGCUAACAAUUUUAAGGAGUUGGCAUGGAGAAAAAAAAAAGAAAGAAAGAAAGAAAGCCGGUCAUACAUUAAAAUAAAAACCCUGCAUCAUGAUUUAUUGACUUUGGCUGUAUCAAUUUGCUAAAUCACAUGGAUGUGAUUUAAGAGGAAUGUUGUUUUAAGAAGCUUUGCUCCCCUUUAAUUUGACAUGACUAAACCUGAAGCCUUCUGGAAACCACAGUUCAGAAUGGUUUUUCCCUGGGGUUUUCAUCUAUUUGCAUUUAGAAAUGUAACGUUAGCUCUCAUGGAGACCAAGGAUUAAUUUUGGAGUAGUCCUAGGUAAGGGAAAGCCUCGCUCCAGAGCGGGGUGGAUGUCAUUUGACAGGGAUUAAGAGCGGUCCUUCUGGGUUUCAUGGUUGUGGGGGCCAUGUUGAUGUCCCUGCAUCCCUCUGCUGAGUCUAGUCUCAUUGGCUCCCUGCCACUUCUCUGUAGACUACGGGGGUUGUUGUACUUUUCUUUCACACAUUAGAAACCUCGCCUUACACUUUUGCAGUUCUUUCAUGAUUGACAAAGACCUGAGGAAAUUCUGGAUUCCUUUUCCCCCCCUCCUCAAUCUGGAACGCCAUUUGGUUCUAGCUUGGGUGUAUGCUUCUAAAGAUCCAACUUUAAAUUUGCUUCCCCAGCAGAGGUCGGGAGCGUCCUCCUCCUGCGUUCUGAGACAUCCGAGGAUCCCUCCCCCAUGUUUUACCAUUUUGUGUAUUCACAUGCAGGAUCCUGGUUGCCUUUGCAAUUCUUGCAACUCGUUGUCUGUCUCUGCCGUUGCUGCCAGACUGUCUCUCCUUUGUUGUAAAACUGCAAACCAUGAUUUAAAAAUUAGGACGCCAAAGAGGCCUGCAGAGUUACCGUUGCUUGAGAGUGUGUGCAGCACUGUUAAGGGGUGACUCAACCUUUGCCCCCUGUCUGUAACCCCUCACCACUCUCCAUUCUUCUCUUAGCCUUACAUGACUGUGUGCACGGUGUGGCAGAGGACUCCUAAAGUUGGCGUUUCUUACAACUUUAAUAACCUUUCGCAGAAACUCCUGUAUCAACUUUUACUUGAAGAUGUGAAAUGGUCCCUGGCGCUAAAAUUCUUGGAGCGAAUUAGGAGCGAACGGAUGGACGCUGUUUGGAUGGGGAGGCCUUUGCGAUGUUACACGGUUGGGAGAACAACUGAGUUCACAUGUUUGGUGCCUUUUCACACUGGGGGGUUGGGGGGGUGAGUGGGAGGUGAUGAUUAGGAAGUUCCAGGGUGAAUGUGCUGUCUGCCCUCCCCAGGCUUGGCAUUAUGGGACAUUUAGACCUUUCUUUGACAUCACAAGCUCCUGGCCUCCUAUCAUUGGCUACAGGGGCAUGGCACGCAGGUGUUUAAAUUAUUCAUCGUCAUAAUCGGCCUUUAUGUUCCAGUGCCUGGCCAGACCUCUGUUAUUCUAGUGCAUAAUUGAUGGUGCUCAGAAGUGGAAAAGUUAGAAAAGCAGAAGUAAUGUGGCCGAGCAGUAGAGUGAGGAGGAGGGGCUGGACCUCGGCGCUGCGGGGACCCAGCCCACGACUGGUGGCAGAGGAUGCAAGGCUGCAGCCUACUUAUGUACAGCCGGAAUGUCUUCCCCCUGCUUAUAUUGUUCAUGCAAAAAGGGACAGGGAGGCCAUAGAGCCAGCACAGCAGACCUUCUGCAGGUUCAUGUCUGACCCUGGCUCCUAGUAGAACUGGUUUUGUGCAGUUUGUAGUUUCUGGAGAAGCAGUUCACUCUAGAAAAGGGCCCCGAAGACAGCAGCAAGAAAAAAAUGUAAAAGCCAGAGUGCAGUUUGCAGAAUUAAACUUAGUGUAAGCCACGGAGGGACUUUGUUUGAUGCCCCCACGUGCCGUUUCUUGAAGAGCAAGACCCGAAAAAUACUCUGCUACGUACAUAAGCGUACACUUGUAUUGAGAAUGAGUUUUAGAGAAGAUUAAAUGCAUAGCGAAAAAAGAGAGAAAGAGAGAGAGAGUUGCUGAAUUAUGAAGUGAUUUCUAAAAUGUAAUGUUGGCCAAGAUAUUUUGAAAGAAUAAUUUUAUCCUGAUUUAAAUAAAAUAUUCUGGGCACAUGAGUAGAUUAGGAAAAUAUUUUCAAAGAAUAGCUUCCACAACCGUGAGAGACAUCUGCGAUGGUUAAAAAGUUAUUAUUUCCAUCCUAAGAGGGUGUUUAUUUAGAAAACACCCUCUCAGUUUUCUCUUACAGGCUUGCUAAGGAAAGGGCAAGGGAUGGGAAAGAGACACCCAUCCUCCCGGUAAAAACUAGUGAGGUUUUUCUUCUCUCUUUCUGCCUGCCUGCCUGCCUGCCUGUCUUUCUCCUUCCUUCCUUCCUUCCUUCCUUCCUUCCUUCCUUCCUUCCUUCUGUCUGUCUUCCUUUCUCUCUCCCUCCCUCUCUCUCUCUCUCUCUCUCUCUCUCUCUCUCUCUGUCUCUCUCUCUUUCUUUUUCCUUUCUCCCUCCCUCCCUCCGUCCCUGGAAUGUUUUAGGAGCUUGUGGAAAGUUUGGUUGGAGUAUCUUCUUGUACUUGAAUAAUAAAGAUAAUGGAAGCAUGGAAAAGGGGAGAAAGGAGGUGGAGAGUAGCUCCUCAAAAGGAGAAAGGAGAGGAGAGUUGGCAGGGCAGGGGUUGGAGGGUUAGUACUGAGGACACUGAAGGGGCCCAUGUUUGCCAGCCUGUUCAAGAGGAGCCUUCCCUGCUGGUGUUCUUUGUGCAUUGUGCCCUCCCUUUGUCUUUUCUUAUGCAGAAGGAUAUACUAUACAAAGAAGUGAAGUUUGCUAGAAAGGGGGAAAUAGAGAGUGGAGAGGGGUGUAGUGGAGACUGAGGAGGAGAAGAAAUAGGAGGGAAGGAAAUAGAGGGUGGAUGGGGAGAUGGGGAACUGGGGAAGGGCAGUGUGUUAGACCUGUGGUCCUUCCCCAUACCGCUCUUCUCUGUGUGAGCAUGGUCUGCUCCUGCAGGCUGGAAGGCUGCCUCCAAGGAGUUCCCAGAGAGACCUAUAGGGGUGUCCUUUCAAGAGGUUGGGCUCUCUGCUUGCUGAAGGUCCAGUGACACUCCUGGUCAGCUCCAGUGAACAAAAGCAGGAAUCCCCACGAUUCAAACGAAUGUUUUGUUUUAUGAAAACAGCAGCUGAAACCUCGAUAGACUUCUGUUAACUCUGCCCACCACCAUUUUAUUGCUAUAAGAAAAUUAAUACUCAGUGUCGAUAGUGAUGUUUUUCAAAAGUGGUCAGAUUGUUUUGGCUGUAGAGAGUAUUUAAGAGAGUUCAAGUAAAUUCUUUUACAUUUUGUUAGACAGCUUCCAUGUACAGAUCUCCAUAUUAUACUUCUUCAUGUAAAAAGUGCCUUUGAAAGCAAUUAUUUCACAUCCAUCCAUAGUCAAAGAGAAGCAUUAUUAUUGUAUCUCCAUAUAAAGCAGUCUUUGGUCUUUGUCUUCUGUGUGUGUGUGUGUGUGUGUGUGUGUGUGUGUGUGUGUGCUCGCGUGCAUGUAUGCACGUGUGCAUGUGUGUGUGCCUAGAAAACUUAGUUGCCAUAUGGGUGUCUGUAAGUAUAAAUUCUUUCAGUUUGCCAUGGAAAUUUUUAUGUGUAUAGGAAAGAUACAUGUGAGAAUACACACAUGAAUUACAAUGUAUGAGCAUACAUGUAUUGUACAUCCUGUAUACAUGUAUGUGAAAAGGACAGGGCAUAUAGGUGUAUUAAAUAGAACUUAUCGUUCAGGGCAGAUUUAAGUUCAGGAGAAAUUACCAAUAUACCCACUGUCCUGUAUAAGCACCCCCAAGAGGAAUGCACUUACUGCAUAUAAUAAACCUACACUGAUGAUCAAAGUCCAUAGUUUGCAUUAAGGUUCUCCCUCCAUGAUCUGCCAUUGAUGUAUUCGGAAGGCUGCAUGCCCCUAUGCGUUGACUGUUACUGUGUAUUAUCUCGCUGUUCUAGAAACCAUGCAUACUCAUUCUAUGCGUGUACACAGAUAGCGUGCCACAUGAUGUUCUAGUGGCAGACGUCUUCUACCACAGUGGCACAGUGACACGCUAUUAUAUGGUGAGCCCCAUCUGUCCUAUUCCAUGGAAAUAAGCCCUUAUGUUCACACAGUGACAGAGUCAUCUAAUGAUUAAUCUGUCGGGACAUAUUCCUGUUACUGAGUAACUCAUAAUUGUAUACAGAAACGGCACAGCUUGGUACAUUUAAAACACAGUUUUCUCUUUUCUCCUCGCGUUAUUACUGCGGAUAAAAAUAUUCAGAGUCAUGAGUCACUUGUUAGUAUUUAAGAUGGCAUCAAGUCGAGUAGUAAAAGUGAUGUGGGCAAAUAUUGACAGACACAAAAUCUUGACUUUUAUUAAAAACAAUAGCAUGUAUGUACACAUGCUAGAAAAUUUCGGACCAUGCAUAACAGCUAAGGAUUCUAAAAUGUUUGUAUGGGUGCCUAGAAACUAUUUCAUCUGUCUGCAGACACUGACAUGGCUAUACAGGAGAAUUUGUUCAUCUUUUAUAUGCACCCUUUAGAGAUGAUUUUGUGAUACUAAUCAAUGAUGUCAUUGUCUUUACCCAGUCUUAGAAAUGCUGGCUUCCUUUGCCCUAAAGGUGACGUUCUCUUUCCCCAGGACUCCAGCAACUGAGCCAGGGACAGUUUGGAUGGAACGCACAUCCGUCUUAUUUUAGUGUAAUAUUUCUUCAUUGAGUUGAAUUGUGGUUCUCUGUUCAGGUGCCACCGCUCAUUAUUAGUAGAGUAGUUCGCAUUUGUCAGAGGUUCUCUGGGCACAAGCCGGCAUGGCAUUUCCCAUAACGAAUAGGCUAGUUGCUUUCGUAGACCAUGAAUAGCUUGUGGUCUUAAGAAAGGAACGGGAAGUGCUUAGACGUUCCUUGUGCCCUGUGACAAAUCUUCAUAAUGAACGGACUGGGGACAAUGAAGCCAGAGAUAGUGGAUUCAUGCAAAACAUUUAUUCUAGGUAUCUUGUGUUUUGAAUUCCAUUUUAUAUGCUAAUAACAUUUUUGUGUAUGUCUCGAGUGAACUUUCUGAAGUGCUACAAUGUGUGUAACUUAAUAGGCCUGUUACUUCAUUCUUUUUAAAGUUAGAUUUCUCUAGGUGCCGGUUAGCCACCGAGUUCGAUUCCGAGGGGACUUAGGCAUCACGACAUAAAACUGGCUGACUUUAUAGAAUAUAGAGCACACAUCCCAGAAUCAAUUAUCCGCCAAUCACUGCCUGUGUACUUUUAGACAAGUUCUCUAACUCUUCGUGUCAUCACGAGCAUCUGUGAAAUAGGGACGCUGCGGAACAACUGCUCCCCGGUGUCAUUUCACAGGUGGCCUGCGUAAGAGUGCGCAUGUACAUAGAGCACUUACUCUGUGCAGGGCUUAUCAAGCCCGGCUUCUUAUUUAAAUGAUGGAUUGUGGAAAUUUUCUCUGGUCAUUACCAAUUCUUUAUUUUCAUUCAGUCUCAGUGAGCAAUUUAACACUUUUAAGCUAAAUGUUUUCUCUCUCUGAUGGCGAAAGUAAACAAUGAUGGGGAAAGGUGACAAUGAAGAGUGCUAAGGGUGAGGGCUUACUUCGCGGUGUAUGAGCAAAUCAUUGUAACUUGUGUAAGCACCAACCUAACAUGUGUAACGGAGCGUUGUCCGUAUUACAAAAUACCUGCUUCAAAGAUGAAACGUUGCCAUUAAUUGUGUGUCAGUGUAUUGAUGGCUGAGAGCUGACACCUUAUGACACAGGAAAUAAAAACACAGAAAUAGCUCACUCAAAAAAUGCUGUGUCAAAAAGACUGGACAUUAAAACUUUUUUUUUUUGAUACAAGUACAUCAUCUCUUCCCUCACUCUCUCUGAGUAAUAUGCACCCUGUAUUACUCUUUUUCUUUCUUUAAAUUCAUGGCUUCUCUUUCUUUAAUUGUACACACACACACACACACACACACACACACACACACACACACACACACCCUAAAUAUAUAACAGGAACAAGGAUGAGGUACUGAUAUGUCUUAUUUUUUAAGAAAGGACAGACACAGCAGUUAAUGAAGUAACAAGGUCCAUUACAGCAUAUAAGAUCUAAUAUUACCCAUGGCGAUGUUCCCAUCACCACAGAUUACAAAUAUGAACAGCUUGGCGGUGUCCAGCUUUGAACCAGGGAGGCAGGAGAUUUGGUUUGGGAGUGGUCUCUGGAUACUUUGUUUUUUCUUUUCCUCUUACUCUCAUCCCCUGUAGGGUAAAGGAAAAGGGAGAUAUUUCUUUCUUCCAAAUUAAAACUUCAAAACCAAAUGCUGCUGAGAUACAUAGGCCGAGUUUACUAAAUAUAUUCCUGAGGUUGGUAACAGGAGAGAAGUUUGGUCAGGACAAAGAAACUGCUCUCCACAGUGUGUCUCCGUCUCAUGAGCGAGUGCAGAGCCUCUGUACCCCGUGCUCCUAGGAUUUCUAGGAUAAGGACCUGGGAGUAUUACUUGGCUGGUUCUGCUCUCAGGGAAGGUUUCCCCAUGGCUUAUAUACGGUGACACAUUUUAACUGGACCAGAGCUUCUGUUUCAUUUCAAAACUUUGUUACCAUGGACGUUCAGUUAAGCAACACUGUAACCAGUUAUUAAGCUCCUGCCUCAGCAAAAUGGGCCUGAAAAGAGCUGUGUGACUUUAUCAGUUGUCUUAAAGUAGCAGAGAACUUAGCUAUAAGUCUUGUGUCUGAAGCUGCAGCUGUUCGCCUCCUCUAUUGUAAUUUUAAGAAAACUAACCGGACUGUGUACAGCUGAAUUGUGGGUUUUAUUAAAAUUUGAAAAUCAUGGCUAAGACGAUGAAUAUUUCUGAGUUCUAAUCAAUAAGACUAAUUUAAUUGAGGGGUAGCUGAGGAGAAAGACAAAAAUGAAGUGCUGUAGUUUGAAUUAUGGAAAGUGUCACAUUUAAUUUCACAAUUGGUUCUGGUGUGUUUGGGGAUUUAGAAUAAUUUUAUACCUUAACAUUCAAUCUUUAUUUUAGAGUGAAUAAGCUAAUUUUAGAUGACUGCUCAACCUGCCUCUUCUGGCUAUUUUAGAACAUUAGCUUCAGAAUAAUCUACUAAUUCUUGCUUAACACCAAUUAAUAAGGAAUUAGAAUUAUAAUUUUAAAGCGAAUGAAUUAUUUCGUAUUAUAACAUGUUAUGAAGUGUAUGUAAAUUGGCAUUAGUGAUAGGGAAAAUAAGAAUGGCAUGCAGUCUGGGCAUGGGUUUAGUUCAUUUUUCUGCUUCUGCCUUGUGUAUGUGUUGAGAGAAAAUGAUUAAUCGUGUUAUAAUGAUAAUCGAACUUUUCAGUGGUUGCUAAGUACAGACUUGCUCAUUACCUGUAUGUGGACCAGCCACUUUACGCAGUCGAGCCCAGCAAUGUCAUGGAGUUAGGAUAAGAAAGCAUCCAUGUUCAGUGGCUCCAAGUAGGAUCUUUAUUUUAUUAUGAUCAAAAAUAAUUAUUUAUGUAUAGGGAUGUUUUGUCUGCAUAGGUGUUUGUGCAUCACACGCCUGCAGUACCUAUGGUGGCCAGAAGAGAGCGUUGGGUCCCCUGGAACUGGAGUUAAUGGUGAGCUGUUAUGUGGCUGCUGGGGAACGAACAGGAGUCCUCUGAGAGAGUAGUCAAUGAUCUUGGUCAUUAAGCCAUCUCUCCAGCCCCUGAAUAGAAUUUUGAGAUAUUAAUUGGCAUCAGAAACUUAGGAGGGUUUUGUUAGGGUGAAUUUUUCUUAUUUUAACCAGCCACAUCUGUUUGUUCUCUUCUUGAGUUGUGUAAGAAGUAGUGUUAGAUAUUUAAAAAAAAAAAAAACCAGUUAAAAGAAGGUCACCAAAUUAGGCCAACGGUAUGGAUCAGUGUGUAAAACUAUCUGUUUGAGUUUCAUCCGUGGCGCCUAUAGGAGAGAACCAAUUCUCGUAAAGCUAUCCUUGGGCCUCUAUACGCGCGCCUUGGCGUGUGAAUACCCACAUAUAUAGCAUACAGAGAUACAUAAACAAAUGAAAAAAUAAAUAAUAAAUACAUGCAAUAAAAAGUGACACAAAUUUGUGGGUAUAAAUUAACCCAGUUUUUUUUUUUAAUUACUGAAAUUAAUUUUGGUCUCUCUGAGUGGAGCUCUAUUAAGUAAUUAGCAAACUGAAUGCUUACACGCAGAACAUAAUCGCUGUGAACAUCACCACGUUUUACAUUAAUGUAACAUCAGCGACACCUUGCACAGAGCCGACACUAACAUUGCAGGAGUUACUACUGUACAUGUUCUUAAUGAGCAGAAACACUGCAGGACAGAAGGACGGAGGUCCUCGGAGCUUUGUGGGGUCCAUUUUCAACAUGGCUGCCCUUUUGAGGAAACCUCAAUCCUAUGACUCCACUUUUACUUCUGAAAACCAUCCUUGCCGCAGACAUUCACUACCAAGUUGUUGGAAUUUAUGGAGGGAACAGUUUUCAUCUCAAGCCCAGUUGAAGUGAAGAACAGGAUUUGGCAAAGGAACGUAGACACACCUGUGCUGGUCCAGAGGGAGAGAGGGGGGAAAGGUCAACGUUUAAAAGCAAGGCCUGAGGUAAACAAGUGAUCUGCUUUCUGGUUAAAGUUGGGUUUCGAGCAUAAUUGUUACCUGUCGUGUACUCAUAGUGAACACUUUUAAAUUUGGUUAAGCCUUCCUUGGACUGGAAACCAGGAAUGCUACAGGCUGUUUCUGGCCAGUUCCUGGGUUGUCUUAGCGAAUGGAUGGAAGGCUGCUUCCUGUGCAGAGAAGGUUGACCUCUGAACACUCUCCCUUGUCAUUGUCACUUGGCCGUGUACACUCUGAGGAAACCUAAAAACCCCCUUUAUUCUAGCAUUUAUCAGCUUUCUCGUUUGACUCAUUGAAGUCUUGCCGAUGCCCCAACAGAGUGUGAUUAGGACUGGAGGACCCAGUUCUGUUGAAGGAUGUGCUUCUGACCUUUAUGUAUCUGUGACAAUACACAGUCAUCUGAGGGUGUGAGCUGACUGGAGCAGGAGGCACCCCACCUAUGUAUGGAGGGAAAGGUUCCAGAGUUCACAUUUAUUUUCCUGAGGGAACUUUGGAAUUUGGGGAGGAGGUGAAUUUGGAAGAACGUAAGCCUAUAAUAGAAAUCCUUUAAUACUUUGCCACAAAAUGUCUUCCUUGUCGUUUUCUGGGGUCCCUGGGAAUGGAAUUAAUCGUUGUUAGAAUCGUUAGAGAUUUUUCUGUCUAUCCGAUUUAUAGUACUGACAAAGUUGUGAAGCACUUUUUAAUAUUUUCUUUUUGUAACAGGCUCCCCCCUCCCCCACCUUUAAAAAAUGUUUUUGGACGUAAUAAGGCAAAAUUACUAACAAUAAAUUAUGAGUCUGUGGCUGUUCACCAGGGUUGCCCACCGUUCCUGCGGCACCGUGCUUCACGGAGAGUUAUGUUUAGUGCCACUUAAUGAGUCCUUAGAACUGGUGUGCUCUCAGACACUUUGAUGGGCUGUUAAAUUCACAAAUGUUCAAAGGCCAUAAAUCACCAUUAAACAUUAAGAAAGCCAGAAGAGUUUUCCUAUGUAUGUCACUUGAUUUAUUUUCAGCUCCUAAACUAGGAAGCGGAAAAUAGGUGAGGGUCUGGCUCUCCACUCACUUUUCCUUGUGCGGAUCUGAGCUUGCUCCUCCCUUCCUUGAUCCAGAGCGGAGGGAGGGUUGCAUGGAAACAAAGGGAGAAGUCAGCUCCUCAAGAUGAAUGCGAGAAAGUGAUUUUCUCUUAGGCCCAUUGUUGGGGGAGGAAACUCGAGGCCCUAAGAAGUGAACUUGAUUGGAAGCCUCCCAGAGCAUCAACUGUAGGCAUAGGCAUUGCCAGUGAGCCCUCUGUCUCUCUGUUGCCCCAGCUCCCUGCUUAUUAGCACCUUCAUGGUGGCACUUCUAUAGAAUGAAGGCCUCGAGGCCCAGCUGAAGAGGGGACGCUCUGUAGUGACAAGGAGAACUGCUUUGGUUUUCUGUUAAGUCUGGACUUGAAAACUAAUUGGGAUACUCCAACUCCAUGAAUGAAGUUUAGUCCACCCCAGUUUUCCAAGGCCUAAAACCAAAGCUAUAACAUGGACAGCACAGCACUUUGUUGGAAGGAUUCAGUUAGAGAACUUCGAGUUGCCAAGGUCUCACUCCCUAUAGUGAUAUGACUGAAAUAGUCGACAAAUGGUAAGUGUUGUUACUGUGUUAAAAUUACUUGUAAUAUUCUAAGAGAAUUCUUGGUAGAGAAAGAUACAAAGUAAGAGUUGAAGGAUCCAUGGCUUACCCUCCUGUAUCACCUUUGCCACUUAAAAUAUAUCUUACAUUUAAUUAAUUAAUGCACACGCGGGUGCAGUGCAGUGCAUGUGGAGGCCGCAGAACCCCUUACACAGGGGCCAGUUCUCUCCUUUAAGUGUGGCCUCUGGGGUUGAACUCAGACUGUAAGCCUUGGUGGUAGGCCCCUUUAUCUACUGAACCAUCUCACUGGCCUCUGUAUAUAAUUAACUAUUACUGUGGUGAGUGAGGGUAUCAUUCCGGGCUCAUUUUUGACCCUCUUGCAUCAUCCUGGAGUAUGUGGGAAGUUAAUGUAGAGAGAUUGCAAGUUCAAGAGCAGCCUCUACUAUGUAAUAAAGUUACACACACACACACACACACACACACACACACACACACACACACACACCCCAAAGGUACUAAAAAUAUAAUGGAAUGACAGUUGCGAGUAUAAAUUACUGGGUUCUCUAGCUUCGUAUUUUUAUUUUUCUGGGGGAGAAAAAAGUACAUCCAAGGGUAUUUGUUGACUCCAGUAGUGGGAGAUAUUUGAGGAAGAGGAAUGAACUGUCUCUACAGCCCCGGGGACUUUGCUUUCUCUCCACUACUUUUUUCCUUAGCCAUGCAUUCAGUUAAAAAUUGGAGAGAAUUAGGAGUUGAGAGAUGACACAGUGAUUAAAUGUACUUGCUGAUCUUUCAGAGGGCCCAAGUGUAGUUCAUAGCACCCGUAUUGGGUAGGUCAUAACUACCUGUAACUCAGGUUGGGAAUGUAGUGCCCUCUUCUGGCCUCAGUAGGUACAACCUACAUGUGUGGUGCAGCACACACACGCACACACACACACACACACACACACACACACACACAUCAAUGUACACACAGAAUUUUUUUUUAAUUGGGGGAGAGAUGUAAGGAUGCAUUAGUGUUUUAGUAGUUAUGGAAUUCAAAGGCCAAAUGAAGAGAAUGGUAUAAGAGCAGGUGUCACCUUUUAUCUACGUCUUCUACCUCCAGUAUAAAACCCACUCACCUAAAGCCAGACUCAGGUAAACUGGUUCCUUCCAUGUUAACAUCAAACAGAAGCAACUGCAGUACUCUGCGAUGGCCUCCUGGUUGUCACCUUUCCUUUUUAUACCUUGCUGCUUUAUCCACUGUAAUGUAAAGAUGCUCAGUGCUCCUUUAAUCUUCAAUAACAAACAAAAACAAAUAGUAGUACCCCUAUUUUAUACAGGAGAGCAGAAUAGGAACAGCUCCUUUGAGGUCAGGAAGGUGAGAGGUCAGGAAGGUCAGGGGCACAUCUUGGAGAUGAGUCAGCACUCCUCAAUAAACACCUUCUGGAUGGUUUUAUACUGUGUGCCCUCUCACACAUAAUCAGUUACUUCAUUUUGUUGUGUUGGUCUUAAAAUGCCCAUCAUAGCUGUGGUUGAGAGAAGUCAUUAGGAGAGUCUCAUCCCUCAUCUUCCUUUGGCCCUUGAGUGAGUGUCCUUCAAGAGUGAACCCUGGAAGCAGUUUUGGUCCUCACUCCUCUUAGGUAAGAAUGCUUGCCACUCCUGUAGUGGUGGCAAGCACCAUCUGGCCCCCAGCCCUGAACAGUCCUGACCCUGCUGCUUUCCUCUCGACUUAGUCUUUCUCCAACCCAUCUCUGUUAUUUCUUUUACAGUUAUCUUCUCCCAGACUUAUCUGCCAUGUUAUCUUUCUAUCCCCAGAAUCUGAUCUCUUAAAAUCCUCUGACGCCCCGUUUUCUACAGCAGACCUUUUGCCAGCUCACAUUCCUUUUCAACGUGACUGCCCCAACCUUCCUGCUUUUGUUUCCUUUAGAAGGUGCCAUGUGUUCUCGAACUCACGAAGGAGGAUCCAGGUAUGCAAUGCUCUUACCUCUCUUCUGCUGAUUGGCCGUUCUUCAGCUCCCAGGCUGCACAGUAGUUACUCCUUUCCGGUGACUUUUACAGGGGAGACUAUUGAACUAAGCGAUAGAAAUGGUAACUAUUUGCCUUUCUUUCUCCUUAAGUUAAUAUUAGGUACAUUCCAGCACUGCUUUUCUCUACAGUGUUUCCUUAACCACGCAUAAUAGGGGCACAAGUUCAUGCUGGAUAAAUAUCCACCGAGGAGUACACAUCCGCACACGAUUAACUCUUAGAAUGGGGGUCUCUUGCAGGGAUGCCUUGUAUUAUGUUAUAUUUGCCCAAAAUAGUGAAAAAGAUGGAUUUUCUCCUCUGUAGAAGAAAAAGAUUUGUGAAGCCAGGCUGAGAAAAAGAACCAAUGCUAAGUCACAAAAAUUAUUUUUUCAAACCUCUUUGUUGAUUUAUUACUCAUGCCAUCUGGGAGACUGGAUGUAUACACUUGGGCAGUUAAAAAAAAAGGGUUUUAAACUUUUAGUGUAUAAUAUUCAUAAAUAUGCAAAUGUACAAUUAAUACGCAAUAAGUGCUGUAGAGUACUCGGUCAUUUACGGCACCAAUAUUGACAGAUUGCUACUGGAUUGGCGGCGAAGGCAGAUGAAGCGAGUGGGCACAAUUAGUAGUUGUCGGAAUUGGGGAUCUGGCUUUUGUUUUUUUUUUUGUUUUUUUUUUUGUUUGUUUGUUUUAUUUUUCUUUUUUGGUAGAAAAUGAGAAAUGCCAAACUUUCACAAAGAUUUUUAUCAGUGUUCUUUAUCGUUGAAGAUGCGUGCAACCUCACUUAUAAAUGAAAAUCAGAUGGAGGUUGACAGCGCUGGAGGUAGGCGAGCACUGGGGGUGGAGGGGGGCUUGCGACUGAACAAAUGCAGCCUGGCCUCUCUGAGGAGGCUUGUCCCUGUCAGCCAGCCGUGCUCCUGCAGACACCCACCACCAUUCGGUGCCCUCGGGCUGAUUUCUUUUGGAGAUCUAUUUACAAACGGAGAAUUGGAAGAGUCAAGGGUUUUGUAGCCAGAGGUAGAAAUGUAGGUCUUGGCUCUCGGUGUGCUUCUUGGAGAACUGAUUAAGCUGUAGGACAGGAAUGUAUGAGUGUGUACCAGGGAGGGGAGGAGGAUGGGUUAGGGAAGGAAGAGGGGAGGAAGUCUGGCCUGCGUAGAACCUGGAAAAGAGUCUAGGAUGAUAGAUCAGAGUUUGCCUCCUUGUGUUUUAAUUUGCCUUGCGUGAGGGAGGGGGGAAGAGAGGGGGCGGAGGAGUCAUUUAGCAGGGCUGGCUGGCAGGGGUGCACAAGGGGUAGCAUACUAUGUAACGCACUCACUAGAGUUUUAGGUUUCUCAAUGAAGCUGUAGGAUGCUGUCAGCCCAGUCUCUCCUCCAACACACCCUUAGUCAAGCACCCGCUAGCCGUGUGCUUCUUGGGAAUGGGAAAGGCAUGGUGUUGAACACAGCCUUGAAGCACAGGUAGCACGGUUUUCAGAAGCAGAGGCAUGCGAUCCUCUUGGACCUUUUCCUGGUUGUGUGGUUCACUGAUGAGGCAGCCAGCCAUUUCGAAUAUCUUCAUCAGAGACCCGGCGGGUGGCGGCUCCUCCAAGGUUUCUUCUUGGCUGCGUAUAGUCAUUUCCUCCAAAAUGGCAGACAAAAGUGGAGACCCCGCCCCCAGCUCGCUCUAAUGUGGCUUCUGAAACUUCAGGUGUGCAGCAACCGUCAGGAAACCGCCUCUCCGGAUGUCACCAAACCCAGUGUUUCUAAAGGUGACGCCAAGUGUAAUUUCUGACACAUGUCACCUGAUGCAAGCUGAAGAUGCCUCUCAUCUUCUGAUUUGCCAGUGUCCUGGCCUCAGGAAUGCAGCUACCCACCCUUGAGACAGAAGCUCCCUCACUGUGCAAGUGCUGUCAGAUAGUGUUUGGGAAUGUUGAAAAGAGACAGUACACGAGAGGCAGAAGUACAUUUAAUGAAUUUUGUUUAAAAGGAAUCUCACACGCACCCGUUUCCCUGCCAGCCCAAAGUAACUGGGACACCUCGAGAACUUAUUAUUGACUUAGCGCCCUAAGCUUCAGAUUUUUUUUUCCAAUGGCGUCACGUGCUCCCAAGGAGUGGAGAGAGUGGCUGAUCAGGACUGAAUAUGGAGUCUGUGUGCUGCAUAUUUAUACACUGCACAUUAUGCACAUAGACUCUAGCCUGGGAAUGGGUUUGUCACAUAACAGGAAUGCCACAAAGCUUUUAACGAGUCAGUAAAAUAUUGGAGAUGGUGUUCUGGGAGGAUCUCUCUUUUCUUAACUCCUUGAAACCCACAGCUUUUAAUCUAAAUAUUUCAUGGCUUGACCUACUUUCGAUGGGUAGUUUUCCGUAAGGCAGACACAAAAUGAUAAAUAAAUACAAAUUAAACUGUACUUUUCUCUCGUUCCCAUUUGAAGGUUUGGUUGGGACUUGAUGGAGUAAUUCAGUUCAUAGGCUACCUGACGUGUCUCAGUCCACAGCAGAAGGGGAAAGACUUCAGAGGAGUGGUUCUUGAUGUUUUCCUCUUUAGUUCUGAAUAAACAAAGGUAGUCUUGUGGUAGACUUGUUUUUCAGUCUGUCUUUUCUGUCUAUCCCUACUCCUCCCUGCCAGGUUUAAAACUGUAGUAAAGUAACCACCUGGCUGUAAACAUUGGGAAGCCCAUUCCUUCAGGUAGAUGUCAGCUGAGAAGGAGUGAGCACACAUUGUCAGACUUCCCUGUAUCUGCCAGUGGUUAUUGUGUUUGUUCCUUUAUAACAGUAAUGGUUCCCAAAAGUAACAGUUGAAAGCACAGUGCAUGCUAUUUGCUUCUGUUUCCUCUUAUGUACUGAGAAAGCUUGACUCUGUGUGCGUGUGUGUGUGCCUGUGCGCGUGUGUGCAUGUGUGUAUGUAUGUGUGCAUGUGUGCAUGUGUGUAUGUGUGUGGAUGAGUGUCUUUGCAUAUGAGUGUGUGUGAGUGUGUGAGUGUAUAUGAGUGUGUAAGUGUGUGUGUAUAUGUGCCUGUGUGCUUGUGUUUUGUAUGAGUGUGUGUGUGAGUGUGUGUAUGUGUGUAUGUGAGUGUAUAUGAGUGUGUAUAUGUGCCUGUGUGAGUGCGUGCAUGCCUAGGUGUGUCCUAUGUUUCUUUAUGGACUAAAAUUUAAUGGCAAGAUGCAAACUUGUAUCUUCUGCAUCAGGGUGAAUGUUCUCUGGGUCACAGGGAAAAGAGAGACACAGUGUGAAAGAGACUUCAUACAGGGUCCUGGUGGUCCUUCCAUGGAGGUGUGAUGUGUUAGAAGUGGGCCAGCAUUUCUGUCCUAAGAUCCCUGAAGUGUCCUCUGCAUGUAGAUGUGACAUCAUGAUAGAGGGAUGGAAUUGGAUUCUCUAAUUGGCAGUUGAAGGAAAAGGAAAAUGUUGAGAAAUGUGGUGAAAAAGUAUUUGAAGCACCUUCCAGAUUCUUUUUAAGGUGUCGUUUGUCAUCAUUGUUGUUGAAUAGAUGUCCCAAAUGUCCUCAGCGUCAUUUUCUUAGCCUACGACUUGUAAUGAGCGUAACUGAGGUCUUGUGAGAUGACUGACUUUCAGUGCUUGACUGUAGGUCAGGUGUACCUUAGUCGGCAAGAUACCUUCCCUUACUAAUCGAGACGGGCUUUAAAAAGAAACGUGUGUGCACACACGCCGGCACACACACGUAUGCAUUUUAAAAAUAUAUCUGUCUCUUAAGAGGAUGUCCGUAGGCUUCAUUUACAUGAAGCUUCUAUAUGGUCUUGGCUCUCAGUUUCCUACGUGCAGUGUAUUUAGCCUUGGGAUUUAUCUGCAGAAAAAAAAAAUUCAAUUCCCAGGCUGCUCUCCUCUCCCUUAUGUGUGUGAAUUUUGUUAGUGUUGUCCUGUGUGCAGCCUAAAGUUAGUAGAGUGGGGAAGGCAAACCACCGGGGAGAGGGAGGCAUCCCUUCUACAUUAGAGUCUCAAACAAAAUACUUACCACCUUGGCCCAGUCUUCCCCAUUUCUUAACAUCAUUGACUGCGAAUUGCACUGCUUGCCCUCUGGUGGAGGUAAAGCCCCCCACACCCUGUACCCGCUCCCUCAGGUGCUCCAGAUUUUACUAGUGACACCAAAUCCUCCCGGUGGUGGAAAGUGUUACACUGGGAAGGCUGAUGGAAACUGUGUAUCAACACCAUACUUGAUGAAAUCCAAACACAGUUUUCCUAAAUACCUCUCGCCCUCAACCUCAAUGAAAUACCGGACAAUGGCGUGAAGCCUAAUCUGAAGAAUGUAAGAAGAAAGCCAUUCUUUACUGUUGGACACCCACCUUAUCUUGAGCCUCCACCAUGUUCCUCUGCCUUUCGUAGCCUAUGUAAAUAAGAUUAAAUUACACCCAGCCUCGGAUCCACUUAGUCAGUGUAAAACACCACUUUUGCCACAGGGGAAGAAAAGAUGGAGGAGAUUCCACUGCCCCCCAACUCCUGGGCUGAUUAUCUGUCUGAUCAUCUCUCCAGUGGACCGAGGUUUCUGAUCACAGUAAAAAGAGUGAUCAGUCAGAUUCCUAGUGAAGGCGGCUUAUGGCGCCCAGGAGAGAUUUUUUUUUUCUGUUUGUUUUUUUUUUCUUUCUUUCUUUUUUUUUUUUUCUUUUUCCGGUCUGCUCUCUAGAAACCCGAGAGGAAGGGAUGCGUAAUGGGAUGCUGCACUUGUGCAUUUCGGCAAAGAUCUAAUCUUUUUGAAUUCAUUGCUUGUGAGUUAUUAUUUCUAAUCAUACGCUUGAUUGACUUCAGCUAAAUGACUGUCUUGACUGCAGAGGCAGGGGUGUUAAAUCCAAAACUAUAAGUGCGCAUUUUAACUGAAAAUGGGGAUCAUCAUGGAAUACCUUCUCAAUCAGUAGUGCCUGACACCCCCCCUCCCCAUGUAUUUUUAAAUAGAAACUCUCUCAUCCGCAUGUACGAACAGAGCAUCACAGAGCGUGAUUGAGUUCCCAGAGAGAAGAUUGAAACCCUGGAGGGGAUAUCAAAAUGAUAAAAACUGAGGCUCCCGUGGUGACACAAUGAGUGUAGUUAAUAUGCCAGUUUAGUCUGACAAGCCAGUCAGGUGCCCCUUAAAACUCCAAUUUAAGAUUACCUCGUCACUUCAAAGAUUCGAACAGAAAGGAUGGAGAAGUAAGAGGGCUGCGGUAAUAUUUUUUUUUUUAGAAGCGGGACAUGGCAAUCCUCUGCAUUUUUGCAUGAAAAUAUCAGCACCCGGUUUCUUCCAAGCAGAUACCUUCCCAGCAAAACAUGGUGGCUCUUACAUGGCUUGCAGUAAGAUAGAGGAAAAAAAAAUCCCAUGUCAGAAGAUCUGAACUGAGAUGUGAUUUCACAGCAUUUUUUUUUUUAAGGAAAGCGGUUAAGGCAUUUGAACAUUUAAAUAUAUUUAUUUUUUGGAUUUUUGCCUUCCUUGCCUUAGUAGCAUAUAAAUAUUCAAAGGUACCUUUUGGAUUUUUUGAGCGAGAUGAAUGUUUACACAGCCCUGAGCCUUACGAGGAAAUUUAUGUGACUGUGUCUGUGUUAGGGAUAAUAACCGUUGACUUGGAGAGGAGAACCUUACCUAGAGGCAGCUGCAGGUACUCAUAGAUUGAGCGUGUGUGCAUGUGUGUAUUGCUCUCAAAUGAGCAGAAUUUUAAGUGGACACAUGAUUAAUAUCUGGAAUUAAUACCUCCACUUGGGAGAAAUCCAGUGGCCAGUGUUUUCCCAUACACCUUUUUUUUUUUUUUUUAAAAUCAAUAUCUUUCCUGUUAAUUUUUUUAAAAUUGCUCAUUUUACUUCAGGUAAUAAUGUUGUAUAUACGAUCUGAGAUUUAAAAUACUGCUUGACUUUUUGUCAAAUCACUUGAAAUUUAAUCUCUGUCAACACUGCGCUAAAGUGUUAAGUAUUCAGGGCCCUGCAGUUUGAAAGCAAAAUUUUAAUUUUAUCUCACCAAGUGUCCUUUUUAAAGACCGGUUUAACUCUCCCUCAUGCUUGAGGGAGAGACUGGUGCGGCUGUGAAUGAACCUGGUUCCUUCAAGAAGCCUUUUCUGCACAGUUAGCGCAACUGCAUUCCUGAAGGGGACGUCCAUGUGAAGACGUGUGUAAGCUAUUCCGGGUGUGAUCGUUGAGCAUUAAUCUUUUUAUGAAGGUCACUGGACGGUAAGGAGGGACAGCUGCUAGGACAGCCCUGGGUUCUCCCAGGACCAAAAGGUUAGAUAAACUGUUUUUAGGAUUUAUUCAGGGCAGUGAUUUCCAUGUCAGUUUAAUUACCUUCACGUCUUACAAGACCGACAAUCAGGGUACCAAGACAUCUUAUGAAACCACAGGCUCUGAGAACUUUGAGUCUCUUUCUGAUUGGGUUUAUUUGAUAAUCCCUCGUUUCACGGUGACCUUAGCUGAAACGAAGAGACGUUAGGACGACAAGGCCCACGUUCAUGUUAGAAGAUUUAAUCCGGAGUCUAUCAUCCACCAAGAAAAAUGCCUUUCAUUCUCUGUCCAUUUAUUUGAAAUUAGUGAUCCAGGCAUCUCUUAUUGGGGUAUUACUUUGAUUUUUUUUAACUUAGCAAUGUAACUCUGGAAAUACGUUACGUAAAGGACCGCCUUCAAGGUGCACUGUGUUUAAAAAGUGAUCAAUCUGUGGAAAAUUGUUUUUAAUUGACUUCAUUCUGGACACGUGACCUAUUAGAAAGAAAUGGAUGGAGGACAGAAACUUAUACAGCCAGGGUUAAGCUGGGUCAUCUUAUCAUAGUUUUGAACAGAUUUCUAAGUACUUUCUAAGUACAGAAGACCCAGGACUUGCGACAUCUUGAAGACCAUGUUUAUUGUUAUCUGGUCAUUACAUUGGCCAUAUUACAGUUAAUAACUUGCAUGCCAUUCUUUAUCCCCAGAGGCAUGAAAAUAAAAAGAAACAUAUAUGAUAUAGAAAAGUAUUUUCAGCAAUUUUUCCAGGCCCAUUACUUUUAUAAAACACUUGAGAUUUUACUUUUAUUGGUGUAAGACAUUUGGAAAUGACUAACUAGUAAGUGGACCUAAUGACAUCAUUCAAGUUUAUAUUGCUUCGUUAAUAAAAUGAAAAAAAAAUUCACAGAGUUUCCCGAGGUUUUUUUCCAUCAUUUUUUAUUAUUAUUUUUUAUGAUUAUUAUUGUUUUAUGAUUAUUAUUGUUUUUAUCGCAAAAGGAAAUUGUUGAAGUCAUAUGCUUGAAGACGCUUAGGGAACUAUCUUUCAUUGUGUGUGAUGCUUUGUUACUGUUUGUAGAUGACUAAGCAAAUUUUGUGGUAUUUGCCAAAUUAGAUUCUUUGAGAAAUUUCUUUUUCUUUUUUUCUUUUUUGGAAACUGUUUUAUUUCUCAUUUUGCUACUGAGUUUUUGUGUCUGGAAGGUUAUUUCAUAAACUUCCUUUAACUCUUAUUCAUCUAAGAGGAUUGUGGGAUCUAACUGCAGAUUUCACAGUCUGGUAAACACAAAAUGUAUUCUCAUGGUGGCUGUGCUCUGCCCUUGGCAGUUCAUUAAGUAGACUUCCCUGUGCUAACACAGGAACCGACUGCAACAUCUCAGGCCAGACUUUCUGUGGAAGACUGCACCGCGCCUUGCCCACUUACGCCUGUACUGCUCUAGGGUUCUCCAGCAUCCGGCAUUCUCCAUAACCAAGCUGCAUGCUUUCCCUUGAAACUUUUGUGAACUAAUUCUAUAAGUGCUUGUUGGUUACUAGUUAGGCAUGGGGUCUAAUCAAAGGAGUUAUUUUGGAUGCACUUUUAUCAUCUAUCUAUCUAUCUAUCUAUCUAUCUAUCUAUCUAUCUAUCUAUCUUCUAUCAUCUAUCAUCUAUCAUCUAUCUAUCUAUCAUCUAUCUAUUUAUCUAUCUAUCUAUCAUCUAUCAACUAUCUAUCUAUCAUCUAUCUAUCUAUCUAUCUAUCUAUCUAUCUAUCAUCUACCUAUCAUCUGUCUAUAUAUCAUCUAGCUAGCUAGUUAGCUAUCAUCUAUCUGUCUGCCUGUCUGUCUGCCUAUCUAUCUUCUAUCAAUCAAUCAAUCAAUCAAUCUAUCAUCUAUCUAUCAACUGUCUAUUAUCUAUUUGUCUAUAUAUCAUCCAUCUAGCUAGCUAUCAUCUAUCUGUCUAUCUACCUACUUAUCUAUCUAUCUAUUAUCUAUCUGUCUAUCAUCUAUCAUUUUUUAUGCUAUUGAUGAUUGGAUGAUUGCCCAUUCUAAUAACAACUAGUCUUUUCUAGUAGUAAGACAGGUUGUAACAGUUUUGAGACAUCCGCCUAUAUGUAAGGACCAUAAGCAAAUAAGUAGACAUUUCCUGUUGAUUGCUAGUACUGGAGACAUAUAGGACAUAUGUUAGAAUUUCUGGAUGAGCCCCAAAGGGAGCAGAUUCAUCUGAAGGGGAUUAACCCCAUGCUUUAUUAAGUCACCAUUCAUGCCAGAAUCACGGCAGAGCUGGGACAGAAGCAUUUACUAGCUUGGUUUCUUGUAGGAAAAUCAGUAGAGAGAGUGGUUCGAGAUAGCUACUCUGUGCACAUUCAUUCACUCACCCCAACAAUAGUGCAUUUUGCUACUAACCGAUUCAAGGACUCGGGUUUGGGCUACAUUAGACCAGGUAAUUGGAUUCCCUCCCAACACUAGAAAUGUCUGCCGGAGCUCUGAUCUGCUCUCUCACGCUGUUUAUGGUUGAGACCAAUCGGAAGAUCGGUGUGCUUACGGUAGCUCAAAUAUGUAUCCCCACCCCCACCCCCAGAAAAGUCAACUCAUAUUCUGCGCUCUGUCAUAACCUAUAUCUAAGUAGGAGCUAGGAUUCAUAAAGGUUAAAAAAUAUAUACAAAAAAAAAAAGAGUAAGGAAGAGGAAAGCUUUAGACAUUUUUGUUAAUAAGACGACGGAAGGAAGUCUGAUGUUACCUAAAGCAGCGGCCCCUCACCUUCCUACUGCUGCAGCUGUCUAAUGCAGUUUCUCAUGUUGUGGCGUCCCCAACCAUAAAGCUGCUUCAUAACUGUGAGGUUUGCUACGGUCUCGCAUUGUAAUGUGAAAACCUGUGUUUCCUAAUGAGCUUAGGCGACCCCAGUGAAAGAGUCAUUUGACCCUGGGGGGGGGGUUGCUAUCUUCAUGUUGAGAACCACUGACCUAGAUGGUUAGAAUGAUCCCUGAAAGGACCAGUUCCCCUUUAUUAAAUCAAGGACCAAAAAUAAGUCAAGACUCAAGCAUAUUACCAUAUUUCCCUUUGCGUGGAAAUUUUUAUGAGCAUAGGUCUUUGUAGGUAACACAUUAUUUUCUAUUAAAAAAAAAAAGACACAGGGACAUACUGUUUGGUUCAUUGCGAAUAAGAUAUCCAGUGAUUUUCGUUUGUACUUACCUGUUGAAAUCAAGCUUUUCUAAGCAUCCAUUUCUCUGGGUUAUUUUACUUAUUGAUUGAUUUAUUGAUCGAUCGAUUGAUAGCUUUUCUCAUACUGUAGCGUUUUCAGUAGGCUUUUUAUGCCAUUCUCUCCCUCCUAGACUCCCUCCCCCACCCCCGCCUCUGGUCUCACACGCCUGGUGGGGUGAUGAAGCUGUGUUGCUAAGCAGAGUUCUUCCAGGCAGCUCAUGCUGGGCUUCCUAUCUGUCAUUGCUCCACUUUCAUGUUUCUGUGAGGAUGGAAGUGAUUUGAGACAAUAUCAUUGGGAAUAAGCUCAUAGUUAAGUGCCCAGGUCUCCCCGAUUCUCCAUUGAGCCAUCACGAGUGUCUCUGAACAGCGCCAGUGGUAUUCUUGGCACGCUAGGCUCAGCGGGAGUAACACUGAAAUAGCAAAGAUCGAAACCUCCAUCGCCAGAGAAUUCUCUGCUCGCUGUAUGACCUGUUUUUGUCUUCCAUUUUUGAACGUGUCCAAUGCCACGAUGGAGAUGCAAGGGAGAAGCCAGGAGAUGAGAAUGAAAUUAGCCGGUGACACGAUUGGAUCAAUUAAAAGAAAACCAAAAAACAAAAAAACAGAAUGAUCAUGGAAUCGCAUCCGAAACUAGGGACUCUAAGCAUGAAACAAAGAACCAGAAAAUAAUUCCAGUUUUCUGAUCACAGGACUAGAGAAAAACAUUUGAAAGUGAGACAUUUUCUGUGACAGUUCAACGACCGCAUGCGGACUCUGGGGGAGGAAAGGGGUGGUCCCAAGGAGUCUAUUUGCAGAAAGACGAGGCAUCGUAUGGAGUCUAGGUAGUGGACAAAAGAACGUGCCAUCCUUCUGGAUUUUUUUUUUCUUACAUGAAGUGUUGGGCUAUGUAGGUGAAUUAGCGGGAUCUUGCAAGUGAGAUGCUAUGCAUUUGUUAGUCCUUUCAAAAUGUCUGCCGGUCUGCGGACCUCAUAAAGAGAGGCGGGAGCUGUGUGAGCCUGGUUUGCCCAGCGCUUCUGUAAAUGCUCCUCUCAUGAUAUGCCUGAAAACCUUUGCCAUUACAAUAAAGCUAAUAAAAAUGGAAAACUCUGAAUUCUUUAUAGAUGCAUAAGGAAGUGUAAUUUCUCUGUGACCUGAAUAACUCUUUGAAUGGCUGCCCUGGCCCUUUGAAAGGAGGCUCCUCUACUCUAUUGCUGCGUGUGCCUUUGAACAUCUUGCUAUCAGACUAUUUUAAGAACGGAAAUAAUAGACGAGGAUUUAACUCAGGGUUGUACUUUGAAGGGCAGGUGGGAUUCCCCUCCACACCUUCCCGAGAUCCCCCCCCCCUCCCAUCCUGUCGAGCACUGCUAUCUAGCCCAGCGUCCUCAACGAGAGGCGAUCUUUGUGAUGGAUAAAAUUAAGCGAUAAUACAAUUUUUUUUCCCACUCACUCGGACGCCUCCACCUUUUGGUUCCAUCCCCUUGAGAAUUGUAAAUUGGAUUUGUUAUCUCGACCUUUCAAGAGGCACCAUUCAGUCAUCUCAUUUUAGUUGGCGGCAGACAAGGCCAAGGGUGGUUCACAGAGUGGCAGGGAAGGCUGAGGGCUUGUGUGUUUGGAGUGCCGUGGCCUUGGAGAGCAAGUACAUCAUGGUUGAAUUUGGGGAGAGAUAAUUCCAAGGGUGACCUCUCAGUGGAGUGGCUACUAUGCUAGGCACCGAAGCUGUACCUCAGCCCCCACUGCACCAGGCUCUGGGCUGGUUUGGCUUCUUGUGUCUCUGUGUGAAUUGGCAUUCUGGGGCGCUUGCUGCGUUUAAGCCCUCUUCUGCUUAGGAAUUAUUUUUCCCAUUUUGAUGUGGAUCCGCUGCUACUCCUCCUGCCCCUGAUGUUAAGAACCAGAGGAGGAAGAGGGAAGAAGGCCAAGUCCUGGGAAGGACAGGAAGGUGGCCAGAGCUGGUGUGACAGGAAACUAGUCUCAACUACCCCGUUUUACAGAUAAUUUUAAUAAUGGCGGAGUUUGGCUCUUGCCAGGGAGAAUGGAAAUGACCGAUAGUGACUGAUAGUAAAUUUCCAUCCCUUUUAUUUCUCUGGGUUUGGAUGCUGGUCUAAGUUCUAUGCUCAGGCUGUAGGAGAGCAACCGAGUACAUUUUUAUUAGAGACUUAGAGGACCCACACUUUUACAUUCCGUGAUUUUAGUUUCUCCGUUUAACUGCCGUUUGACUACUGAAGACUUUUUAAUUUAAGGUGUUGCAGCUGUAGGCAGGUAUGUAUGGGAUAGAAAAAUACACAUCUCACAGGGAGAAACCCGACUAGGCACACGAAGAGGGGAGCGGUGCGUUUGUGGUGUAAUUAGGAGUUAAAUUAAGAGCCUAGAACACCCCCUGUUCUCAGUAAAUUAUUCCGCUGACUGAGAAUUUAUGAAGUAGAAAUAGAUCGUUUUGAAUAAGCUGAGCACUGGGACCAACUGACUUGGGGGCAUCGUUAGCACCAUGGGGGAUAAAGGACUGUGGGCACAGCAUAAAGGACUGUGCUGCUGCUCCCUGGAGGUGAGCCCAGCUGUGGAAUUGUGCCAGUGUCCUGUGUAGUGGGGCGUGCAACAUUGCCAUGGGUCAUACAGUCCUGCAUGCACAUUUCCUGCUGUAAGGUGUCUCUGCCCUGGGAAGUUGGCACCCAUCUCAUCAUGGCCUCCCCGCACAGUGCCGUUAAGGGAACAAAAAGAACCCUUUGCAAAGAGCAUAUUCAGCUGGAGUAGCCCCUCAGAAGUGUCCUGCCUGCCUGCAACAUAAGUUUGAAAGCAUGCUUGCAUGAUCCAGGGGUGGGGAAGCCUGGUGUUUGAACCGUCUAUCCCUACGGGAGAUAAGACUUAGCACUUUAAGCUGUGUAUGAAGGAAGCUAUUCUCAGGACCAGAAUCAGGCCUUUGUGUCUUGAUCAAGUUCUGUUUUUAAAAAUAAAGUUGCCUAAGAUGACGUGACACGAAUCACCAAAUGGCUUUAGAAAGUGUAGAGCCAUUCGGGGACUGAGAAACAGAAAUUCUCGGUGGCAACCAAGGCACCUAAGGAGCUAAAUCCGCCAUUGAAUUUUUGAAAACCGUUGCUUCAGGGAACGUUACAUGAUUAUUUAAGCACUGCUCAUGCUUCACGCACGGCAUAGAAGACAUGAUGUAACGUUGCCAGCCCGGCUCAGAGCACAAGUUGGGCUGUAUUGGUCUCGACGUUGCUCAACGUCGCCUUCCUCUUUUUGAGUGAUGAAUUUAAAAGGAAAAAAAAAUUUCUGAGCAGAUGGAGAGUAAAUUGCUUGGACUACAGGCGCUGGCAGCUUAUAUGCAUUUUGUUGUGAAGGUUGUAGCUUUGGGAGGGAGGAGGGGAGGAGAGGAGGUUGCUGAACCAUACAUGUUAGGAGUGUGGCUGGUCCAGGUCCUUUGAUAGACACCGGCCACAUUUAGUAGCCAAGGUGAGGUCCUUUUGACGUUGAGGAUACAUGUGUUUAUUUUAAUGAAAUGUCACCCCCCACACCCUACCUGAUACCUCUUUCACAUCACCUCAGAAUAAACUUUUUGAGAGGUGGAGAAAGAAGUAGCAGAGGCCCAGGUGGGUGGAAGAGGGGACGAGGAGUUUUCCAUGGAAAAAUUCAAGUGUGGCUACCGGAUACAAGUGUGGCUACGACAGAUUUAAUAUCAUGAUGAUUUAAAAUAUAGCACCAAAUUGUUUUCGAUGUCUGUAAGAUAGGUUAGUAAAACUGGAACAUUUGGGGGAAAAAAACCAUUAGUUUUAAAAGCCCGUACGUUGAAUGGCCAGCGUUGUCAUAAAUGAUGUUUAUAAGGGAAUGGUUAGCUGCGCUUAGGCUCAACUGCAGAUGUUUGGGGAAGGAGAAGGGAGCACAGGGCUCGCUGCGGAAGGGAGAGGGGCAGCCCCUGCCCUGCUGUAAGUGUGUGUGAUGGGCUUCCUGCUGGACAGGGAAGACAGAGUGAGGACUGCUCUCAUCUUUUUAACUCAGUGGGUUGAAAUAUUGUUAGUAUUCACAGUAGUGUGUUUCAGAAGGAUUUUCUUUUGUGUGUUAGGAUAUAAAUUGUAUUCUGGCUUUUAUGGAAUUGGGAAAUUUAGAACAUUGCUCAUGAGAAGUUCGGACUAAUGUUUAUCAUUAUAUUACCCCCCCCCUUUUUUUUUUAAAUGAACCAUUGGAUAAAAAAAAAGCCUCAACAUAGAGUAAUGUGCUUAUGAAAGAAGAGGUUUAAAAUUAAAUAAGAGACUGACAAUGGAGAGGAAAGCACGGUUAUUUACAACUUUGGCAGAUUUUGGGGGAAAAUUUCCUGUUCAUAAUGUAUAUAUUUAAAGGGCAGUGAUACACGCUUGCUGAAGGAGGGGCAGGUGAUGUUAACUGCUGUUCAUAGUGUACUUGACAGCUGCGGCACUCUUUGGUGGCUUCAUGAGACAACAAUUAUCAUCUUGACUUUAUGGAAGAGGAAAUUGACACUUGGAGAUGUUAUGCAACUUGUCAAGGGUAUUAGCUAAGGAUUAGUUCAGGUGGGAAUUCAGGUGUCACGUUGGUAGCCUUGUGAGAGCAUGUGCGUGCACUUGUAUGCAUAUGAAUGUGUGCAUGUGGGUGUUCAUGCGUGCAUGCGUGAGUGCGUGUGUGUGUGUGUGUGUGUGCGCGCGCUCGCGUGUGUGUGUGUGUGAAUAGCAGGAGCUAGAACUUUGCAGCAAUCAAAAGAAGAGCAGGUAGAUACAUGGGUGGAUGACAGGGAAAGAGAAAGGAGGGACUUGUUUCUGAAUUAAAUGGAUCCACUGGUUGUCUACUGGGAAGAGGAGAAGAGCUGUUCUAAGGGGGAAGGCCAAUGUUACCCCAUUCUUUACUUUGCUUUAGAAGCUCAGGUGCAAGCCGCUCCCAAGUCAGAGAAAAUCAAUUCUGGUGUUCCUCCUGUUAAGGCAGAGCACCCCCGAGUUUGAGAAGGAACUUCUUAAAAUUUGAAUGAAAAUGUGUUAUUUUAGAGAUCUGCAGCUGCUGUUGGUCCAAGCACAUGGAAUCGCUUGGCUCACGGCUUAUGGUAUAUGGGCAAUGGCGGGGCUGGGGCAGGUCGACAUACUGCAUUGAUUUACAGCCCGUGGCCUGUGUUGAGCCCAAGCCACGAGUGCCGUCUCCUGCUCUCAUCUGUUUCUGAGCACCUUCUCACCUUGAAGUGACCUGAGUAAUACCGUAUAGGAAGCAGGAAUUUUAUUAAAAUGGGGAGAGCUAUUCCAUCCUUUAGAAAAUCGUCUUAUUCAGUGCCAAGAGCAAUAGAAACGCUUCCCUCCCCCCCUGCUUCCUCUCAGUGCCCCAUACUGACUUUACAAGGAGGGAAGAAAGCCCGUUAUUGAGGACAAUAUUGAAGGGAAGAGAGGUCAGGGCAGGCAGGGAAAGGGAGACUCUUGUCAGAACAAUACAUUCUCUGUGUUAUUUAAAAUAGUAUGUGACUUUAAUUCUCGGUUAAAGCCCAGAGCUGAGCCUGCUGAAAUAUGUAUAGAACAGCAGAUCUACUUUUGUACCCGAGAAAGGAUGAAGGUGUUGGCAGCGAGCCACACUGAAGCCUUGGGGUGAGAGUUUGAAGGUGGAAUUUGCAGGGUUGGGGGUGUGUGUGUGGAGGGCAGGGGUCACAGAGGCAACAGGAUGUUCCAUUUGCAGCUGGUAGGUCAGCUUUAAGCCACCAGUUAGCUUGAGUUUACCGUUGCCGUAGACUUCUCCCAGUUAUCACGACUGUCAUCUGCCAACAGUGCAAUUUUCUGCUGUAUUAAUGUGGUUAGAUGAAAGAGCGUUUAAGAAAAUUAUCAAAUAAAGGUUUACAGCGAUUUACCUCAUUCUUCUCACCGGUAUCCUUGUCUCCAAACAUGCUGAGUUAUGGUCUCAGGCCUUACGUAUGUUCAGGAGAAACUGAUCCACUGUGUCUUAACAUGUGCUUUCCUUCCUAAUGCUCCAAAGAGGCUUUGGGGAAAGGGAGGAUAUAAAUACAGAAACCACCUUCUAGCAGCUGCCUCUAGUUAGCUCUGAGCGCCCCCACCCCCACCCCACCCCACAAUCCCCAUCUUUGAAACCUUCCUUACAGGGGCGCCUAAUCUGUCCCACAUGCUCUCCUCCCGGUGCAGCCACAGUCCCUUCCCUUGUUGCCCUGUAUGAUUGAGAGCAAACAGGAGAGAUUAACUAGCUUGACUCUGGUUGAGGUCACUGUCUUUAGGGUGCUGGUUUGCAAGAGUUGGUGAGCAGGAAGAACACAGAUGUCAGUCACAUGUAGCCUGAAAGAGAUUAAUAACAACACCUGAGAUGCCGUUAGAACUUUCAAGGUAUCCCCCAAUUAAGUGCUCUGUGAAAAUGGCCCAGCGAGGAGACUGUCAGCCACUGAUGGAAGGCCAUGCUUUGAUGAGUGAAUGGCUUUACCUCAGGGAUCAUAUCCCACAGUCUAGGGAGUCAGGACUUCAAACGCCACCCAGCUCUUUUCACUUACAUCCGACCCUUGUUUUGACAGUCCUGGGUGUGGCAAGUGUGACGAUGCCCAUCUGUGUCCUGCCAUGUCCCCAGCAGAUGUGUACUGCCACCUUCUAGUUUAAAGUUCCAAAUGUUUUCUCGCAGGUGCCAUUCGUGCUAUUGAGUCAGAUCUCCAUUCAUUCAUUUCGAUACAGUGAAGCCAAAGUUGACUAUAGAGCAGACAAGAGACUGAAGUGUAUCAUUUUCUUUGCAGAAACUAUUUCUCGGAAGCCGUUUGUUACUGUUGCCGAGAAGACAUGAAAUCCAUAGACAUCUUAAUCUUGUGACUUUUAAAAUAUGAUACUGGCUCAGUUUAAACAAACAAACAAAAAAAUCAAGACUAGGAUUAGUGAGACGGAGCAGCUCUUUUAGGCGUGUGGCCCUCAAUCUAUCAGCCAAGGGCUAUCGAGUGUUUGGAUUCCUAUGCAUAUAUGUGCAGUACCAUUGGUCCAUAACCUCUAAGGUUUGAGAAAUGACUGCCCUUCACCUUGAAAAAGGAAUAGCUGAAUUAGUCCUUACAGAAUCGCCUUGCUCUGAUGAUUCUGCCUCCGAACUGAUAGUCUUUGUAAAGUGAGGACUCAGCCUAUCACAGCCUGCUUUAAAAGGUCACUGUCUCUUGCAGAGUAGAUUAGCUUGCUCCGUUCCACGGGCAGGAACCACUCUGCAGCUCCGUAAAACUCGACCCGGGAAGUAAAUUUCUGCUGUCGCUUUGGCUUGCUCCUGGAAAAGGAAUUUCAAGCCCACCAGUUUUCACUUCCUAACAGAAGUCACGGUUCCUCAUAGGUAGGGAGACAAGAUGGAUGGGAACCGUGUGUCUAGCUUGCUUCUGCUUCCAGCAGGUCUUCGCUGCUAAUGCAUGCAGUUUACCAAAUAGGAGAGACAUGCGUGGAAACAUGUCAAUGAAGCUGGUGAUUAAAUACAUAGGUAUCGGGGCUACUUGUCAGCAGGGGAGCCACAAUGCCAAUGGGAAGGAAGUACUGUUUGAUGGAGCGAAUGAACACCCGCUUCCUUUGGGGCUGUGUGUCUUUUGGAAGGAGGGGUCUACUUUCCUAAAGUAUGAUCUUCCUGUAGGAUUCUUCCUGUAUCAGAGUAGUUUAUCAUGUUACCUAGAAGGACCUUAAAGUUUGUAGGAAACCAAGAAAUAAAAGUUUUCAGGAUACGUUCUUGAAGAGCUAUGAUUAAUUCUGUGUAUGUCGCCUGCUUUAAGCAAAGAUAAACUGUAACUGUCCUUCCAGGAACGAAUUCUUCUGGCGGGCUCUAGGAAGAGGAAAUUCUGGUUAAAUCUGUUUAAUCCUCAAAACAACGAAGCAGUUAUAAAUGCUUUCACUGCAAAUGGUUCUGAAAUGCCAUCGUCCUUACAAGACCAGGUCUGGUAGAGUAUGGUGAGUUUUCUCAAUGAGCCAGGACCCUCAUUAAGAAUACCAGCUACACAGCUCUUUGGCAAACCUGGGAAGCACUCAGGAGCCUUUGAGUCUGUAGGUUUAACUGACUUCUUUUUUAUGAUUUUCCCCCAGAUGGCUGGUCUUCCUGCCUCCUGCCAACAUUGAGUUUUGCUUCUUUCCCCCCCAGAAGUCCAGAGCCUCUGGGCAUGGUGAUCUUCUAAUUAGUUUUUUCUCUCUGCUUCCUUGUGACCACUUCUGUUCUCCUCUGCCAAGUUUCGACCCCUGGGAGCCUGUUCCAGAUUGCCAGAGCAGCCCUUCCCUCUCUUCUGGAUCACCUAGAACCAGCUGGGGAUUGCCGAUAGGGUCUAGAUUAAUAACCUAACGAUUACGAAAUAAUACUCUUACUGGACCAGCAGUGUCUGAUGAGGAUAGGACAGCUGAUCACACUGCUAUACAUUUGAGAAAAGUGCCUGUACUUAACGAGCUGCUGUUCUCUUUUACCUAAAUAUUGUGUGCUAUUUUGUUCCUGUUUAUUUGAGCCUCCUUAGUGUUGACCAGGGGGAAGGGAAGAUGACCAAUCCCAUUGCAUCUUUUCAAGGCAGAUAACAUACUGUCAUUUCCAUUUUUUGAUCUAUGAUCCAGUGAGUAUUUUUUUUCUGACAUGAUGUUUUUUGCUGGGAAUAUAUAUCCACAGACAUUGACAGACCUGCUUUGAGUCAAUAAUAACAAUAUUCAGAAUUAGGAAGACGUCAUAAGGAGCAGCAGCUAGGAUGAUAAAGGGAAGUGACUGUCUUUUUCUCCAUCUUGAACUUUCAUGUUAGAGUGAGAUGGUGAAAGGACACUUACUGAGCGUGCUUUUGCUCUGUGUCCCAUGAGGGAUGUGCACAUAUCCGGAGCAUCAUAAAUCCCUAUUCUUUCUCUGCCUCCGAUGUGAACUCACGUCUCUUUAUCAAGAUUAAUGAGGGGGUUAAAUUCGGAGUAAUGCUCGUUAUUGGUGUUCAGUAACUUCAGGAAAAUUUAAAUACAUGCAUUAGGGCUAGACAGGGAAAAUAAUUGAUCCCUGGAAAGCUUCAACUUGCUCUCUGCAGAAGCACGGGGUUUGAGACGACGUCUAGUGUUUAAUGACCAUGUUGUCACCCGGGUCCCUAUCUCAGCCAGUCAUCCUUGUGCAGUCAAGCUCACAGGGACGCCAAGUUAGACCCCCAAAUUAUCUCAUUAUUCUUACUUAUAUAAAUGUCAAUGCAGAACAUAAAGAGAAAGCACAGGUUGCUGUACGGCACCUAGAACAGGGUCUGGUUAGUUUAAAUGCCCCUCCAUUAAGGCACGAGUCUCCCAUAGUGUUUCAAGUGCGCUUCGGAUCGUUUUGCUUUCAGGGGUUGGGUGGGGGGAUUAUUUGAUUCUGAAACAAAGUCUUGCUAUGUGACCCAGGCUAUCCUGGAACACAUGAUCCACCUGCCUUAGCCUCCCAAGCAUUGGUAUUAUAUCAAUAAUAUACUGGGUUUACUUAAGAACAAAAAGAAGGUCAUUGUCUUAUCUCCUACUCGACUAAUUCUCUUGCAUAUUCCUUUGCUACUUCCCAACCUUGUUUGCUCUUGUACAGUUGGUUUGUUUGCCCUGCUUUUUUAUUUCUGCAUUUAUUUCUACCGUCUUGAAAUAACUGUGCAUCGCAAAGCAGUUCUUGGUGGAGACCGAGAAUGCCUUACUUCGCCCUUCCUGGUGCUGUGGUUUGAGGUUAACACACGUUCUCCAGUCAUCCCUACAGCACAAGCAAGAGCUGAGGUGAAGGGGGAAUUCAUGAAGCGGUAUCUGCUCUCUAAUCAGACCAAACCAUUGUGCAGAGCCAAGGAUUCCUUUUCUUCUCCCUGGGAAUGGAGUACAAAGCCACCGUUUAAAAUAUUAAUAAUGUACUUAUAUGAGUGUCGUUACUUCGAGACAAUCUAGACGUCUUUAGAAGUUAGUUUGGAAUUCAGUCUGCAUCUGUCCGGGAGUAAGGAGUUUUCUAAGUUUGUCACAUACUAACUCUAAAGGCUAGCUUUAACACUCUGCAUUUUCUAGUUUGGAGACAUUGUAGCUUGGGCUCACUCAACUUUCAUUAGUUUAUACAAAAGGAAUCUAAUCUUUUCUGUUUGCUUGUUUUAACAGUUUUUGAGAAUAUCACAAAAUUACAUCAUUUCCCCCUUCUCAUUCAUCCCUUCACCGUGUCCCUUGUACUCCCUUGCUCUAUUUCAAAUUCAUGGCUAUUGUUAGGUAUACAUGCAUAUAUAUAUAUAUAUAUAUAUAUAUAUAUAUAUAUAUACAUAUAUGUGUGUGUGUGUGUGUGUGUGUGUGUGUGUGUGUGUAUAAAUAUAGCCUAUCCAGUCUGUUUAAUGGUAUAAUGUCACUUGUGUGUUUUCAGGGCUAGCCAUCUAGUAUCGGACAACCAGUUGGUCUGCUCUUCCUUGGGAGGACUAUUUCUUCUACUCAGCAUUCCUCAAUGGCCUGUAGUUCUUAGUGUAGGGUUGAGGUCUCUUGGGAUUUUCCCAUCACCCUAAUCAUGUCUAUUGGAGUCAUCCUAAAGUUGGACUUGUUUAAGCAGCCAUGUUGUUGAGACUUCAUGGGUGUGGCUUCUCUGGCAUUUCUUAGAGACACAAUCUCAUAGCAAACUCCCUGAUUCUUUGGCUCUUGCAAUCUUUCUGCCCCUCUUCCUCAAUGUUUUCUAAACCUUAGGCGUGUGUUAUAGACAUAUUCAUUCCACAGCUUUACACUUUUGUGGUUGCAAAGAGAAGCUCCCUUGAUAAGGAGCAAGAUGUACACUUACCUGCAAGUCUAAGGAUAAAUAUUUAGAAUUGCUUUUUGUACUUGGAGUCUUUCCUUGUCCUGAUCAGCAUACUUCUCCUUCUCUGGGCUCUCUAAAGCUCUUCAGAGGGUAGAGAUCAGUUUUUAAGAUGAAGACCAGGUGCAAAUGUACUGUGUAUUUGAGAAUUAAAAGAGAAAACAUUUUUAAUAUCCUCGCCAAUUACCUUCAACUUAUUGUUGUCAUUUUUGACCACAGCAAUAUACGGGUUGUAAUCUUCAGUGAAUAGUCAGUGGCCAGCAGUUCCUCUUCUGAGGCUGUAACUGUCAUUUUGAAGCCCAUUGAUCAUCCUCCAAGUGUAAUUUAUAUUCACUUCUCCUAAAUGUACGCCAUUAAAGCUGCCUAACUCCAGCUUCUGUGCCACUGCUCUGUCCAUUCGCCUGGCCCUGUGAGUUCUUACUGUAAUUCAUCUUUGGUCAACUUGGCAUUCACUUUAGUUUUGUCACCUCCAAGCCUUGGCUUACAGUCACUUCCUCUGGGAAGGAGCCCGUGAUUAACCCUGACUGGCACUGAUCAUUCAUGUUUGACAUCAGUGUGGCAUCCGAGAAACCUCAGCCUCUAUGAUCUUCUGGGUUGACAGAUCACUCUUGAGUCUCACUUAUUCAUUUUCCAUGGACUUGGGAGACGUCACACAAAUGAGGAGAGUCCUUCAAAGAGCCCGAAACCAUGGGAUGUAGCUGCCACAUUCAGUUUUGUCCACAUGCCUUCCUAGAAGUAACCUCUUUUUGAGUGUGUACCAGGUACCUGCUAGAAGCCACCUCCUCCUGACAGUAUAUCAGGUAUCUCUCCUAGGCGUGCUUCUAGAGGAGCGCGAUGGCAGUGUUGCAAUGGUAAGAUUUUACUAGACACACACUUUAGCAAUCGUUCUUUUAUUUCCCCCUCUUAUUAAAUCUUUGAGGUUUUGUCACUUGCUUCAUGAAGAUUUUCUUUCCAUACAUAUUUACUAAAUCUUUGUAGACCUCAGUGAGUCAUUGCUACCUGUUACCAAAGGGUUCGUAUAGGUCUCUAGUAGGUUUCAGUCUAUUUCACUUUACUUUUAAGAUUGCUGUUUAGAAGGUCCAAAAAUCAACAGGGUACAAAAAGAAACAUAUCAGGAAGCCUUCCUUUCCAACUUGCCUCUCUAACCCUGUCUGCACCGUCCCCCAAAGGAAACUAUUUCUUCCUGUUUGUUGGGUAUUCUAUACUUGUGCAAGCGCAGCAAGCAUGUACACAGAAUAUUAUGUUCCUUACCAAGAGAUUAUCACACUCAGGGCAUGUCAAGUUCUGUGUGUGUGUGUGUGUGUGUGUGUGUGUGUGUGUGUGUGUGUGUGUUGCUUUUCAAAAUUGGAGACUUAUCCCUAUCAGCAUUGAGAGAGCACUGUCUUUAUUCAUCACAACUUCAUGCGAUCCUACUGUCUGGGGAGCUUGUAGUUUGUUUCGGUGGUCCUCGUUGGUGAACUCUUAUAGCAUUUUGCUAUGUAAGGAUGCCGGAGAGAAUGACCUUGUGCACACAUCAUUUCAAUGUGAUUUCUUCCGGUCUUUACUGUCCCCUACCUUUCCCAUGUAUUCCUCUUGGGCCAUAGGGAGACUAUGCAUGUUUCUAUAUCCUUAUUAUAUCCACAGUGACCUUCCAACUAGAGGAACAAUGCCUUGAAAUGUAGGAUGCCCUGGGUCUGGUCUAUCUGUGUUUCCUAUGAGUCUCAAUCCUGCAUUCCUCCCUGGACAACUAAAGUGACUUAGCUCAAAGAGACCAAAUAUAAUUUAGAGGAAAUAUCCCACUGUCAGAGAUAAACAGUUAAACUGUGUGGAGUUCUACUAGUGAAAUAUUUUUUUAAAGUACUUAUGCUAUUGGUUAUUUUAAAGAAAAUGAAUGAAACUAUUAUAUUUAUAUUUAAAAGUAGAAAAGUAGUUGAGCAUCCAGUUUAUGUCCUAGCUACUGUUUGGGUUCCAUGACUCUUCUGAACUCUGGGCUGAAAGGAGCAGCUAUACGUUGGUCAGUGUGUAUUUGUGGGUGUGCUCGAACAGACCGUCACAACACACAGCAUUCCAAAGGAAACCUUGUAAAUAGUUUUACUACGAAUAUUCAUGGUAAUGAAAGCAUUCAGAGUGACGGGUUUAAUAAGAGAGCUUUGCAGAGGCACACCAAGCAUUUGUUUGCCUUCUUCCCACGUUUAUCCUGCCAGUCCCCAUAAACAAUAUGGCUCCUCUUUCAUUCCCUAUGAAGACUGUAACAUUUUCAACUGAAUAAUUCUAUUUUAAGGCCUUUGUUUUCUUUUGUAGUUUCCUUCUCAUCUCAUUUUAUACAGUGCGUGACCCACUUUGCACCCUGAACCUCCCUCUCUCCCUCCCUCCCUUCUCUGAGACAGGGUCUCGUGUAGUGUGGACUGGCCUUAAAGUUCCUAUGUAUGUGUAUGCAAAUGACCUUGGACACCUAGUCUUCCCGUCUCCAUCUCUCAGAGGUUGGGAUCUGCGCAUGUGCCAUUGCACCUGGCAACCUUGUCUUUCCGGUAAUUAAGCAGAACUAGUGUUUUCAUAGGACUUAAUUUAUUCCAUUCAUAGGUAAAUUCGAUUUAUCCCUUACCCACUGUUUCCUGUGUUUACUUUCCACCGCACACAUAAAUUAUUAUGGAUAAGAUGGCCAAAAGAGUGCCAGAUCCAGUGUACGCUUCAGUAAGGGAAAUAUUCGGCUCAUCUGAUUCCUCAUUUGUCAAAUGAAGGCGAUAGGACCUGGAUAAUAUUGAGAGGUGUUAUAAGUAUGAGGAUAAAGUGUCUAUCAUGGUUGUUAGUUAUGGUAAAUGCCCAAUAGACAGAAGUUCUGAAUAUCCUUUCUGACAUAUAAUGCUUGGUGAGUUUCUUUUGCCUGCUUAGAGGUUAUUGGAAAUAGUUAGAUUAUUCAAACGCUGUCUGACGAUCACCUCACACACAUUAGAGAAGUGACCGUAGAUGGGGCGAGCCGUUCCCUGUGCUUACGUGCGAGGAGUAUUUGGCGUCUGCUCACGACCUCUCUAUUUUCCUGGCAGUCCAUUGGAAUGCUGGAGAGGAUACACUUCUAUCAUCGCAUUAUCAGCCGCUGAAGAAUUUUCAGUUUUCUGCUCACUCAGUGCUUGUAAAAAUUGAAUAUAUAUCGCUUCCCCUUUAUCAUGUUCAAAAUCUCUGGUUCACAGUCUGUUGAAAUUCAUCUUGUUAUAUUCAAAAUGCGUCUCCGGGAAGCGGCGACGGGACCCAGCCUCGAGUCCACUUACUGCUCCAUGGUUUUGCCGCAGCUUCUUUUCUACAUUUACUUGGAGAUAUUUUUGUUUUAAUCUCCUAUUCCUCUUCUCUAGCCAAGUUUUGUGUGUGUGUGUGUGUGUGUGUGUGUGUGUGUGUGUGUGUGAAAAGUAAUAUUUUAUCCAAGCUAUAUUCUGUGUGAUACAAUAUGGCUGUGUUUCAAGAUGUUCCCUCAGCUUUUUCAUCCAGCUACUAAUUCGAUGCUGUGAAAAAAGAAAAAAGGAAAAAAAUCAAAAAACCGAAAAACCUAGCUGAUGUUUGCGGUGAUGGGUCAGGGCCAAUAGAAGGAAAUAAUUUUGAGGAAGAUGAAUCCAUUUCCAAGUAAUGUUGGCUGAGUCAAAGUUUACAUUGGAAUUUGUUAAAUUGUCUGAUAGAAACCAAAGUUGACUGGGAGAGGGCUGUGUGUGCUAUCUUUGCCUGCUCACGUGUACCUCAUGGUACGUGCAUGCAGAGGACACGGUUUUACUUUGAUAGUUACUUUUAGUUAGUCCUUUAGAAGGAUUAAAUUGUAAUUUUCAUGGUCCCGACUGAAUUUUUUUUUCCUGGUGGGUCUUUUAAACAAUACUCCUAAAACCAACUUAAAAAUAACAUGCUAUUUCCUAAAAUAUUUUCUAUGUGUGCUUGGCAGGCAGUCCAACUCCUAUGUCUCCUUCAAUCAUUGUUCCAGAUCUGAAGGAAGUGAGCAUUAUUAACCCCAGUGCACAGGUAAAGAAAUCAACUCAGGGAAGUUAAGUGGCUUGCUCAUGGCCACACCGCUAUUGGGUUGCCAAAGUUGAUGUUGAGUCUUGAUUUAUACACCAUUCAGUGUUUUAUUGAGUUUCUGAUUUAUGUGGAGGAACCCGUGUGAUUCUUUUUUUUUUUUAUUUACCUUACCACUAUUACUUUAAAAAAUUUUUUUUCCCUCUAAGAGUCUAAUGUCUCAGUAGUGACAAAAAGAGUUGUUAGUAGUUUCUCCCAGUCUGCUUUGGACAAGAAUGGGUGGGAGACUCUCGUAAGGAUAUACCAACUUCACACAUCUCCUGUUGCUGGGAGAUCGCGAUUUUAAUUUAAUGAGGUAAGUCACUUAGCCAAAGACAGAUUUGGGCUCCUUUUCAAAUUAUUGUGAUUAAUAUUGGUAAAUUGUGAUAAUUGCUUCUGAUAAAUUACUAGAAAAAUGGAAGAGAUUUGUUGUUACCUCCUACAAGGAAGAUGAGUGCUCGUGGGGUCCUUGCCACCUGAACGGCAUUACUCAAGAGAGGGACCCAAGUUCCUAUGCUUGGAAAAUGCAGCACCAAUGUACUAGGACUCUGAGUCUCGUGCUUAGCAAGGUAGCUCUGCCCCAGAAGAUGGAUUCUAGAGAGGGCACCAUGAUCGCAGGGCCUCCAGUGGGAGAUUGCCGUGGAGUUUCACUCUUUAUUUAUUUAAUGUAUAUGAGAACAUGGUCACUGUCUUCAGACACACCGGAAGAGGGCAUCAGAUACCAUUACGGACAGUUGCGAGCCACAAUGUGGUUGCUGGGAUUUGAACUCAGGACCUCUGGAAGAGCAGCCAGUGCUCUUAACCACUGAGCAAUCUCUCCAGCCCAGACUUUUCACUUAAGACACUGAACUUACAGGGAUCUGAGGGAGCAACUCACGUGUCACCCUUGGUGCAGUUCUGCUUACGAAAUGGUUAAGAUGAUGCGUUUAAGGUUUUAACACAAUAAAAAUCUUUAGUCUUCCAACUGAGUGGUUUCGAAUAAAAAACUUAGCGUCGCUACUUUUCGCCUUGACUUUUGUUUUUCCAAUCUCAUUUUGACAAGGAAGAAGGGAACAUUGUUUCCCCAGACAGCUUAAGGAAAAUAAACAUGUGGGGCGUUUGGGUUAUGGCCUUAGAAUGCCUUUCUGUGGCUGCCCUAUGUGGAUAUGUAUGUAUUUUUACUCUUCUUAGGAUUGGGUUGCCACUUUUUAUUUUGUGCCAGACAUAUCAUACACUAUUUUUGAGAAAUUAGUGUAGUGAGAGGCUGGAGAGAUGGCUCAGCACUGAAGGUUCUUUCCAGAGGACCAGGGUUCAAUUCCCACCACCCAUGUGGCAGCUCACGACUGUAACUCCCAGAUCUGACACCCUCACACAGGGAAGAAAAACACCAGUGCACAUAAAAUAAAAAUAACUUUAAAAAGCAGAAUGAGGACAUUGAGGUUGGACAGCUUAGCUAGCAGGAGUGAAGGGUUGGAGCUGAAUACUCUGAUUCUGAGAUUCUUGCUCGAGCCUUGGGGUGAGGCACCGGUGGGGUGUGGUCGUGACUUCUGCUUUGAGGGAAGGCUACCCAGAUAGGUGCCCUUCACAAAACAAGAUGUAUGAUUUCUGAGGAAUUAUAAAGUUGAGUUCCUAGUGAAUUAAUUUCAUCUUUCCAUCCCCGGCUUCCCCUUAAUGAAUUAUGGCUUUUUUUUUUCCUGUGAAGAGUAUUUAUUAAACAGUGAAUUUUAGCUGGUACAUGAUGAUACAGAACAGCUGAGUUCGUGUUAAUAGCAUAUUUAAGCUCUAUAUGAUCGGAUAGCAUGAUUUUAAUUCUUGGGGUUUGGGACAGGGUUGUAUCAAACAUAUCUGUUUCAUAAUGAGCCCCCAGUUGUAAGCCGAGUUCUGCCUUUAUUAAAUUGUACAGAGAAAUCCCUUUGUAAAGUCAGACUGACUCCUUCCUCCUUGUAGGAAGACAGAUUAAUAAUAUUUCACUAUUAAUUAGGUCCCAUCUGCUCAUCCUGCUUUCUAUUCUAAAGGUUACACUUAUUACCAUAUUCACAAACCAACCCAACUGUGUAAUCGAAGUUUUUUUUUAAAAAAAAAAGAAUAUUUUUUAAGGUUUAAUCUUGGUUUUUGUAGUCUUCUGGCUGCUCCAGAGGACAGGCCACUGACUCGCUUUCCUUCUUUUCCUUUAUUUUCUUUGAUUCCCUGUUGUUUCUUCUUGUCAUCCAGCCAGAUGCCACAAAUUACCCAAAAUCAAACUAUCUGAUAUGAGAUACAGUAAUGAAAGACGUGGCACACCCACUUAGCCGUCGGUUUGGCCCAGGGCUCCCGUCAGGAUCCAGGUCACAGAAAGGAACCUUGGAGCCAUGUAAGGCUCCAGUCCUUAGCAUCUGAGGGUAGUGAACAUUUUUACUCCCCCCACCCUCACUUCUUUCUUCUUUUAAUUUCAAGUGGAGCAGCACCUCGGUGUCCACAUCUCAGUGAGAGAGGACCCUGCUCGACCAAGCCUUAGGACACGUCUUCGGAAUGUGCUGCAGGAGGAUGAGAAAAUCUUUGGAAGGAAGCAGGCCCUGACUUCGUAGCUAAAAAUAUGAAGGGGUAAAGUCCAUACCACAAAUUGAGUAAACUUUGAUGAUAGGGGAUUACUGGAACAUUUUAUUAAGUUGGGUUUUGCUUAAAAAAAAAAUUAACUUUUGAAAAAAAAAAUUGAAUCCCUGAGCUUGUGUGUAAGGGCUUGGCUUGUGGAUGGCGGUUGUUACAGCAGCUGGCACAGUUCUCCAAACCCCCUACAGCCGCACCCUUCAGUGAUCUGGCUCAUUUCUUCCUUUCCUGGCCUCUUCCUGCCCCUUCAUGGUAGAUGCUGGCUGCCUGUUUCCUGGUAGCCCCGUGCACAUCUAUCCCGGGACAAUGUAGCUACCUAGUCUCCUUUUGUAGUUUUUCCCACCGCAUCCAUUUGCAGCCCUACUUAGAAACUGCUUGUGUAUGAGUACCAAGAUAUGUCCUCUCUCACCAUCCGUCUCUCCUCCCAGGAUGUUCUUUUCAGGACCGUCAUGGCCGCCGGCAUUUUCAGAACUCUGUUGAUGAGGUAGUUUCACUCAGGCAUAGUAUUUGAAAAAAGAUGCACUCACUCUUUUAGAUUUAGUUCUUGGAAGAGCAGAUAAUUAAAGAGAAUGGGGGUGGGGGGGGUGAGUGGGGAGAUGGCUCAGUGGUUAAGAGCACUGACUGCUCUUCCAGAGGUCCUGAGUUCAAUUCCCAGCAACCACUUGGUGGCUCACAACCCUCUGUAAUGGGAUCGGAUCCAGCAAGGGAAGCUGGAUCGUUGGUCUUUUAAAAUUGCUCUUCAGGGAGGUCUAAUGGGCAGCCCCUAGUUGAGCACCCAGCUUUAGUAGCGCAGAAGGCUCUUAGAGAACUGGAGUUGGAGUUGUCUUAGUCCCCCAACCUCCAUCCCCCACCGGUCAAUGGGACUUAGAAACAGUCCAGUUCCUCACUGUAGUCUAGGCUUCAUUCACAACAGUGGAAUUAUCAGAGUCCGGCCAGAAGUCCCCUUACUUUCCAGAAAGGCGCCCAGUCACGAGUGCCUUGCUGGGGAAGUCAGUCCUGUGCUGUGAAGGUGCUGCCUCCUAGAAACCAUCUGGCCUUGUUUUGAUGGCCUGGAUGGAUGAUUGACAGUGAGGAGUGCUCGAAAUGGCCGAGUAUAUGUGUAUGAUGAGUAUUUUCCUUCAAACGUGGGCUCUCUCAGCUGCUCUCAAAGCCGGCUCGGAACAGGUGCUAAUGUACACCGGCGCACAGCAGAGUCACACAGACACUGCUCAGCGCGGGUGCGGAUGGCGAUCACAGGCCUCAGCCCUUUCUCGGGGUUAUUGCUCACAUCUCUUUAUGUGUCUCACGGCUGCUCUGUGACACAUUAAAUGUGACAGAUUUCUGUCUCAUCGCUACUUCUCCACGACUACUCAGAAAAAUUAGUCAGAAGAUGAUGCACACAGGUCUUCCGGUUUCUCCUGUGUCCAUCAUGGCGCAUGCGCUGGAGUGGGCCAGUGAGGAAUGGCAGCAGUCUCCCUGGUUUGCCAUUCGGGUCGGGCAUCCGGAAGAGCGAUGACUUGUUCUCAUUGCAGUUUCCCUUACCUUCACCUCCGCCUCACUCACUGCAAGCUCUUCUCACAGCCACUGAUCCAUUGAUGCUGCUGAGGCCUCAUCCAGGCGUCAGGCCCUCCUCUUGUGAGUUCUCUCCCUGCCAGCUCCGCCAACGGUAUGACUUGUGGGAAGUCCCUGGCAUCCCUCUAUCUUGUCUGAGAUUCCAGAGGGGUGACUACCACAUCGAUGUCUGUAUCAAUGACUACCUGGAUGUUUUCUGCCCUCACUAUGAGGACUCUGUACCAGAGGAUAAGACUGAGCGCUAUGUCCUGUACAUGGUGAAUUUUGAUGGCUACAGUGCCUGCGACCACACAUCCAAAGGGUUCAAGAGAUGGGAAUGUAACCGGCCUCACUCUCCAAACGGACCGCUGAAGUUCUCGGAGAAAUUCCAGCUCUUCACUCCCUUUUCUUUAGGAUUUGAAUUCAGGCCAGGCCGAGAGUAUUUCUACAUCUCCUCUGCAAUCCCAGACAAUGGAAGAAGAUCCUGCCUAAAGCUCAAAGUCUUUGUGAGGCCAACAAACAGCUGUAUGAAAACUAUAGGUGUUCAUGAUCGUGUUUUCGAUGUUAACGACAAAGUAGAAAAUUCAUUAGAACCAGCAGAUGACACCGUACAUGAGUCAGCCGAGCCAUCCCGCGGAGAGAACGCGGCACAAACACCAAGGAUACCCAGCCGCCUUUUGGCAAUCCUACUGUUCCUCCUGGCGAUGCUUUUGACAUUAUAGCACAGUCUCCUCCCGUCACCUGUCACAGAAAACAUCAGGGUCUUGGAACACCAGAGAUCCACCUAAACUGCUCAUCCCAAGAAGGGACUUGUUAUCGGUUUUUGGCAGAUGUCAGAUUUUUGUUUUCUUUCCUUCCGCCUGAUUUUUAAGCAACAACUUGGGGUUGUUUGGGGGCGGGGGCUAAACUAGUUGCUGCCCCCUUCACCCUGCCCCACCCCCUAGCCCUUGCCCUUGACUCCUCUCAACCCCCUUCCCAAUUAAAUGGAGUCCAGAUAAAAAUGCCAGAUUGUCGUAGUGACAGCAGAGGGUCUUGGCCUCCUGUGCAUUGUCCUCUAGAGCUCACCUCCGUAAGCUCAGGGUGUUGACCGUAUGCACACGAGAGAAAAUAUGGGCAGAUGCUGCCUGUAAUGUCCAGGCCCAAGAGGGGUGGCCUCUCCUAUAGAAUACCUACGCCUUCACAGUCCGACAGGAAGGUGAUUGUGUGGAAUGUGGUGUUGGCCCGUCAGGUCCAGAGGGGCAGAGUUAAGAAUAGGCAUAAUAUUAUACCACAUCCUCUAGGAGUGUAGAAGUGAGCAGGCUUCUCAAAGGUCCAGAUACUAGUUUUUAUUUCAUCAAAUGGGACUGUCUUGAAGCAUUUUCUUUUUUUCCCCAGCAAAACUUGGGCUGUGUCAAAGAAGCCUCUCCUCCCAGAAGGAGGGUUGGAUGCAGGGAUGCUAAUACAGAGGAAGUGCGACACUGAGAAAAAUGAGCUGUUACUGGGGGUGCGAGUGCCUCUAACUUUUUAGUGACUGGGCAGUGCAUACCCGAGGGUUUAUUUUUUUUUUUUCCUUUAAAUACAGUUCACCAUGGUGCUACAACUUUUUUUUCUUUUUAGGAGUUCAAAGAGGCAUUUUUAUGAAUAAAGUGACCUUCCCCAAGGCUGCCAAGCCAGGGUUGAUGAGUAGAGAGUAGAAUAGCUUUGGCUACUCCUCUGGGGACAAUAUGUACAAGGAAAGAGAGUCUGGCCAGAGGAGGUGCGAUUUGGCUUUGCUGGAGCUCCAGUGUGCUGUGGCCUUUCCCCAACUCCCACCCCGAUACCCACGUUCUGUUCCGUGCUCCGUGACUACAAGGGGACUCAGACACAAACCCUGUCACCAGGAGAGUCAGUCAGCACUACUUGGGAGGGCUAAAGGGAAAUUUGGAAUAAAAGUUCCAAAGUUUGGAAUAAGAAAUUCAAGUGUUGAUUUUUAUCUCCUUUCCCUUUCUGACACAGCCUGAAGCGUAGGGGGAACACAUGUUUGUUUAUCUGUGGGAUAUAAACAAGAUGGAGUCCCAAAGACUUUGACAAAAUAUUUUUUUAAAAAUCCACUAGAAUAGAAAAUACAUUAUUUAGAUAUACUUUAUGCUGAGAGCGAGUAUAUAUAUGCUUGUCCUAUUUAAACUUGUGAGGAAAAAGUGGUAUCCCUUGAUACAUUUAGAAACACAGGGGGUUAUCUUGUUUCAUAGUAGGGUUGGGGCAGAAGAAUGAACACAGAAUGACCCUGUUUUUAAAGAACCUUAGCAUGGCCAAGGGGGCAGUUACAGCCAAUUGCGAGGAAACACAAGCCGUGGGGUUUCCCCUCGUGGGGUGUCGAGAAUUUCAAAUCCCAAAGCCUAGACAGGGAAUAACGUAGACCAAGGAAAGGCGACCUAGCCUACUUUUGCUAUUGUACGACAUCAACAGAACCACGCCUUUGUCAACAAGCAAGUCAGUAAAUGCAACGAUCAGGUGAUGUGGAAAAUUGAGGGCAUUCCAGUUUAAGACAAAGAAUAAGGAUUUUUUUUUAUAUAUUCGUUUUUAAGAUGUAUAUGUAAAAAAAAAGAGUUCACAUUAUAGAUGGACUUCAUGAAUCGGAAAUUGCUUAGAAUUGUGAGUGGUUUCAAACUAGAAAAAUAUGUGAGUGGAAGGCAGCUGUGAACGAACUGCACCCUAGAGAGUUGUACGCACGUUGGAAUGUAAGCUGGGCUUACUUACCUGGUCCCUUUGGAGUAGAGGCGACUGGAGUCUGCUCUCACCUGAACCAUGUGACCGGAGUCGCCAGCCUCAAAGAUAUAUAGUUAGUUCUCUUCCCUCUUCUCCCAACACCCGAGACCUCUCUGGAGUUGCAGAGUCUCAUCACAGAAGGCGCCCGCCAUUUCACCGAAACGGAACUUCAAAGCAUUGGAUUUCUUGGCCUUUAUUUAUCGCUCGACACUCUCAGUGAUAUCCAGAUAUAUUCUUUUCAUUAAUAGUUACAGGUUUGUGGGUUAGUGGGAUUUCAGUAAAGGGAGAAAAAAAAAAUCCCUUCUAAGAUGGGUCAAUAGAACCAAGAUAAAACUGCAUGUUACUACAGUCAAGGACACCAAGUGAUCCUGUGAUGAUUCCAGUUAGUCCUAAAGGCAUUAGCAGUACUAAUGUCAUUGUAGAAAUGGUGAGUUCUGUGAUUCUAGCAUUUGUCUCUAACAAAUGAUCAAAUAAUUCCUCAUGGCCCUCUCUGCCAUUGUCUUUCAUUUCCCACUGUGCAAUUAGACCCUUUUUACUUCACUGCCGUGCCACCGAUGAUUAAGUUAAAAAAUGAAAAAAAAAAAAAGAAAAAAGAAAAAAAGAAAAACCUUCCACGCCAGUAGACAAUAUGCGUUUUACCUGUGACAUAACCUUAGCUAAUACGCUUGUGCAGAGUUUUCAAGACGAUUGGUGUCAGACAGUUUUUAAUCUUGUCCAAAAAAUAAUAAUAAUAAUAAUAAUGCGCUGGUGGCUUUUUGUGGUGUUGUUACAGUCCUCUGUGGGCUUAGGAUGUCGGUGCAACUUGGUAGUUGGUUUAAUUUUAAAAUCAAUGGAAAAACAGGAAGGGCAGCCCUGGAGCCCCUAGCCCCAGUUGGUCAAACCCCAGCGACCUUUGCCCCUGGUUGCCAAGGGCUUUGCAACAUGAAGCAGGGAAUAAAGAUCUGUCUGUUUAGUGGAUACUGUGUAUCCUUUAAUAGACCAGGUAACAGUUCGUGUUAGUUUUAGACUAUUGUUUUGUACUGUACUUUCUUGGGUGGCAGAGGAAAGAAAAGUUAAAAUGUUAAAAAAAAAAAAAACUGCGUUCUUUAAUUCUGUAUUAUUAGCGACCUCUGUUGUAUAUAGUGUUUGAUAAUAAAGUAUUAAUUUGAUUCUUAUGUCUUUUGUAAGUGAAAAACAGACUUUCAGGAUACAAAACAUGCAUUGAGGCUUUGAAACAUCCAAUGUAUACAUGGCUGAGAAGUCACAAGUGACUGGAACUCCAUACUGGACCACUCCAUCAGCUCCAUCGUCUUGCGAAAGACCGGAAACAACAGGACUGCAUUGAUUGACAUUUUUGUCCUCAGUGUUUUCAAGGUCUGAUGUCGGAGCACUGUGGUCCUUCCCCUCACCCCCCAAGCAUGUGGUUUGAAAAGGUUUAGAUGACUUAGAAAUGGUUCUGUACUUUGGUUUGGUUUUUGUUUGUCAUUCUCCCCCGGAAAGUCUUGUGAGUAUCACGUGCGGCUCAGACUCAGGAUGCAGAUCAGUCCCUUUUGGAAGGCUCAGUGGGGCUGUUUCCCUCUCUGCGUCUUUGUGAAAGGAAGAGUCACAGUACCUGUGGGCUUUCAGGGACUCUGUUUUUCUCCUGUGCCUUAGCAACGGCUGCAGCCAUUUUAUUAGUUUCACAAAAUUAGAAAAACAGUUUUAAACUCCUCCUUACCAUUCAUUGCUCUCAGAGUUGUGGUGACCAGAUUUUUUUCUUUUGAAAACCACAUCCACCACCAACACCCCUAUUUGCCUCUCUCUCCCAACCCCCAACUCUCUCUCUCUCCUCUCUCUCUCUCUCUCUCUCUCUCGCUCUCUCGCUCUCUCGCUCUCUCGCUCUCUCGCUCUCUCUCUCGCUCUCUCUUGCUCUCUUGCUUUCUCUCUCUCUUGCUCUCUCGCUUUCUCUCUGCUCUCUCUCUCUCUCUCUCUCUCUCUCUCUCUCUCUCUCUCUCUUACCCCACCCCCACAUUCUAUUUUUCCUCAGAGCCGUGAAUGGGCAGGUCUGUCUCUGGUUUGGCACCGCUGAGUUCUUCCCACGCAUUUGCCCCAGAGCUGCUCGGAUGUGAGACGAAAUCUCCCUACAAUGGGCUCGCUCCCAUUGUUUGUACAGUUUAAUAGAUGCUGCCACGUUGGAGGUUACCCAUGAGUCAGAAAUCCGUUUUCCAUGCUUACUCUUGACACCGCAUUGAAGCCACUCACCGUGUGUGCGUCUGGGUGUGAAGUCCAGCUCCUUCCGUGCAGCCCUGUGCUUGGACUCCCUGCCUUGCUGUCCUUUGCACCUCUCAUCGAGUGCUGUUUUGAAAUGCUGACAUUAUAUAAACGUAAAAGAAAAUGUAAAAAAAAAAUUAAAACACACACACACAAAUCCAUACGAUCUGUAUUUGUAUAUACACGUGUCCGUACAACUAUACCUAAAUAAAAAUUAAAGAUUUUCAUCAUUUUAA